UUUUGUGUUUUUUAUCUCCGAGUAUUCUUAGCAAUUCAAGGAUCUAGAAUCUAGAGUUUCGGUGUGUGCCGGUGCGGUGAAUGUGAGCAUGGUGAUAAAAAAUUGUGAUUUUAACUGUACCUGGAUGAAUAUGUGAGCUGGAGAUUAUUCAGCAAAAAUGAAGAUAAUUAUUCCUCUAGUCGUUUGGAUUACAUGGCUGCAUACGACGACUGGCCAAUCCUUCGGAGGGAUUGGAUUCGGUAUACGACGUGAAGUGUUUUUUCUAAAUCUCGAAGACGGAUAUUUCGGCUGCCAAGUCAACGAAUCGACAGACGUUUUACAGUUGUUCGAAUUAUCAAAAUUAUGUGAUGGAACGCCGAACUGCUUCCUCGGUUCCGAUGAAUUAACCAAAGAACUUAAAUGUACAGAUAAUUGUCGGAAAAACGAUCACUGCCAAAAAGAUGGAUGUCAAAAUGGUGCUUGCCUAGAUAGCCAGUGUCACUGUAACGAUGGAUACGGAGGGUGUAGCUGCGAGGUACCAGACGAAAACGAAUGCAAAUACAGACCAUGCGACGUAUUUGCUCAUUGUACCAACACACUGGGCAGUUUCCACUGUACGUGUUUUCCAGGUUAUCAAGGAGAUGGCUUCCAUUGCGAGGAUAUAAAUGAAUGCGACGACCCCGCAAUAGCAGCCAGAUGUGUGGAACACUCAGAAUGUUGCAAUCUUCCGGCUCAUUUUCUGUGCAAAUGUUUACCUGGAUACGAAGGAGAUGGAGAAGUUCAGUGUGUUGAUAUCGACGAAUGCCGCAAUCCCAACGCCUGCGGUGCAAAUGCCAUAUGUCAAAAUACUCCUGGAAACUACACCUGUGUAUGUCCUGAAGGCUUCCAUGGAAAUCCCUACAGCGGAUGCAUUGACUUUGACGAAUGCCAACACCCACACGCUUGCGGACCCGGUGCCAUAUGCCAAAACGUCGUGGGAGGAAGAGAAUGUUAUUGUCCACCAGGUUAUGAAGGUGACGCUUACACGACAGGCUGCGGCGACAUGGACGAAUGCUCAAGAUCUCAGCCUUGCGGCCGUAACGCACUCUGCUCCAAUCUAGACGGAAGCUUCAAAUGCACCUGUCCACCCGGGUUUAUAGGCAACCCCUUGACUGAAUGCACAGAUAUUAACGAAUGUGCAACCAAUCCCUGUGGGAAAAACGCCAUUUGUAAGGAUACAGUCGGUAGUUUCACGUGUUCCUGCAAAGAAGACUACACCGGAGAUCCUUUCAAAGGAUGCGUCGACAUUGAUGAGUGUGCUACUUUAGAACUUCCUUGUGGAAACCACGCUGUUUGCGAAAAUACCGAACCUGGAUAUAACUGCAAGUGUCCGCAAGGGUAUCAAGCUAAUCCUAGUCCAGAAGUGGCAUGUGAACAAAUUGACGUUAAUAUUCUAUGCAAAUCAAACUUCGACUGCACAAACAACGCAGAAUGCAUAGAAAACCAAUGUUUCUGCCAGAAAGGCUUUAUCGCCAAAGGCUCUGUAUGUCUGGACAUUGACGAAUGUAAAGACAAUCCAUGUGGACCGUUCUCUGUCUGUAUAAACACAGUAGGAAGCUUUAGCUGUGCUUGUGAAAAAGACUACGUAGGGGCACCCCCAAAAAUUCAAUGUAAAGCUCCCUGUGAUGACGUAUCCUGCGGAGAUCAUUCUUUCUGCAAACCAGAUGGCAAUGAAGCCUACUGUAUAUGUGAUGAUGGAUAUACUUUCAACGUGCAGGAUAUUUCACUAGGAUGUGUAGAUAUAGACGAAUGUGAUGCCGUGAAUGGCCCUAAUGGGCGCUGUGGAGCUAACGCAAUCUGUACCAAUCUCCCAGGAACAUUUGCUUGCCAGUGCAAACCAGGCUUCUCCGGAAACCCUAACAAUCAAUGCAAUGAUAUCGAUGAAUGCCAGAAUCCAGAAGCUUGUGGAUUGGGUGCUGUAUGCACGAAUUUACCUGGUUCUUAUGUAUGUGACUGCCCAAUCGGCACUAUUCCAGAUCCUGAUCCAAAAACGAAAUGUAAUGAGAUUGUUACGUGUAAUGUAGAUAUUGAUUGUCCUGGAAAUGCUAUUUGUGACCAGAAAAAGCAAUGCUUAUGCCAAGAACCCAAUAUAGGCAACGACUGUAGACAUCCCUGUGAGACUACAAUCUGUGGAUCUAACGAAGAAUGCAUGUUAAUAAACCAAGAAGCGAAAUGCAUUUGCAGUUCUGGAUUUACUGGUACCACUUUUGGUUGCGUGGAUAUCGACGAAUGCUCCGGAAAUCCUUGUGGUCUUGGAGCUAUAUGUAAAAACGAGCCUGGAUCAUUCUCCUGUCAAUGUCCUGGAGGCACUUCAGGUGAUCCUUUCACUUCAGGCUGUCUGAAAUCCACAAAACCCACAGAAUGCUCAGAUAUCAAUCCAUGUCCAGCUGGAGAACAAUGCGUAUUAGAUGAGUACUUAAACGAAAAUGUUUGUAUCUGCGUGCAAGGAUACACUAGAGAUAAAUCUACUAGUAAAUGUAGAGAUAUCAACGAAUGCUUGGAACUGAAAGAGAAACCAGCCUGUGGGAUUAACGCUAUGUGUAAAAACUUGCCUGGAAGCUACGACUGCCACUGUCCUCCAGGAUUUAACGGCAAUCCUUUCUUGGAGUGUUUGGAAUGUAACAGCCCUGACUGCCGUUGUCAGCCACCAUACAAGCUACACGAAGGCAACUGUGUCUUAGACAGUUGUGGUCCAGAUGGUUCUUGUCCCAGCGGAGCUGAAUGUGUAACCAUAACAGGAGGAGUUAGCUACUGUGCUUGUCCAAAAGGCUUCAAAACUUUACCAGACGGCUCCUGCAUAGAUAUAAACGAAUGCGCAGAACAACAGGCUUGUGGAUACGGUGCACAGUGUAUUAACACGUUGGGCGCCUAUGAAUGCCAUUGCCCACAAGGCUACUCUGGUGAUCCUUAUAAAGAACAAUGUUCUCCUGCUCAGAAAAAGUGUAUAAGCGACAAAGAGUGUCCUACCAAUGAAAAAUGUAUACAACCUGGAGAAUGUAUUUGCUUCCCACCCUUCUUCAACGAUCAAAAAGACGGAAACAAAUGUAAAAGUCCUUGUGAACGCUUCGUUUGUGGCAUAAAUGCUAAAUGUACUCCAUCUGAUCCACCAAAAUGUAUGUGCGAAGCAGGUUUCAGAGGUGAUCCCGCCCAAGGUUGCACAGAUAUAGACGAAUGCAAGGACAAUCCUUGUGCUUAUGGAGCCCAUUGUUUGAACCAGCAUGGCGGUUACAAAUGUGUAUGUCCUAAAGGAAUGACCGGUGACGCUUAUAAAGGAGGUUGCAUUCUUGAAGAACCUGGUACAGUUAAAUCCGAAUGUCAGAACGAUGCAGACUGUGCUAGUAUUUUGAGUUGCCAAGAAGGAACCUGUAUUAGUCCUUGCGCGACUGUACUUUGUGGUAACCACGCCAUUUGCUCAGCAGAGAACCAUAAAGGGAAAUGCAAAUGUAAAGUUGGAUACGAGAAAAACAGUAGAGGCCAAUGUGUAUCAGCAUGCGAAGGCUUCAUUUGUGCCUCAGGAGCUCAAUGCAUCGUUACUUCUACCGGUCCAACAUGUAAAUGUCUUGAAGGGCUCUUAGGGAAUCCAUUUCCUGGUGGUCAAUGCACCACAGAUGUAUGUUCAAAGAACAAUCCCUGCGAAGAACCGAACAUUUGUAUCAACGGUAGAUGUAGACAAAGAUGUCAAGGUAUUGAAUGUGGUGUUGGUGCUCAUUGCGAUAACUCGACAAAUCAGUGUGUCUGCGAUCAUAUGUUUGACGGAAAUCCCAACUUUUUAUGCAUGCCAACUAUUGAAAAACCGUACUGUGAACCAUCUUGUGGCAAAAACGCGCAUUGCGAAUACAGCCUGACCAAUCAAUGCGUCUGUAACACAGGUACAGUUGGCAACCCUUACGAACUGUGCGAAAGAAUAGAGAAGAAGUCCUGCAAUCCAAAUUCCUGCGGAGUAAACGCACAGUGUAAAGAAACAUUAAACAACAUCGAAUGUUUCUGCAGUAGAGGCUUCACCGGCAAUCCCUACAUUUCUUGCGAGGACAUAGAUGAAUGUAAUAGUAAAGUAUGUGGCAACAGCGCAGUUUGUAUUAACACACCAGGAAGCUUUGAUUGUAGAUGUAAAGAAGGUUAUGCAGGAAACCCAUUUAUCAUGUGCUCACAAGUCCAAGGGGGCAUUUGCAGAGAUCCUCAAGAUUGCCAAUGCAGCGACAAACUUUUAUGUCCAAAUGAAUAUACAUGUGAAAGAGGACAAUGUCAAAAUCUCUGCAAAAACGUUAGAUGUGGUCCAAAAGCGUCCUGUCAAAGUGGCAAAUGUGUUUGUUCAGCUGGUUAUAUAGGCAAUCCGCGAGAUCUUGUCAAAGGCUGUCAUCCAGAAGGUCAAUGUAGCAGUAACUUAGAUUGUCACGAUACCCAGAUAUGUUUCCAGUCAAGCAAAGGAGUUAGAAAAUGUGUAGAUGCCUGUAGUAAAGUCCAAUGUGGUCCAAAUGCGUUAUGUCUUGCACAAAAUCAUAGAUCUUCGUGCAUCUGUGCACCUGGAUACAACGGAAAUCCUGGCGAUCUUGAAUUUGGUUGUCAGUUGGAAGAAAGAGUCAACCAAAGAAUUUGCGAAACUGAUGAAGACUGUUCCUUCGGUACAAUCUGCGCAGUAGAUGCUAACGGUAUUCAAAAAUGUAUUAGUCCUUGUGAAACUGUGGCUUGUGGACCAAACGAAAUGUGUCAAUUGGACGUUGGUGGUCAUCCAACAUGCGCAUGUCGCGAUGAAUAUAUCUGGAAUCCUGUUAACUCUGUUUGUGAAAAACCGUCAAUACCUGAUUGCAAAUCUGACAAUGACUGUGAAUCUGUAGAAGCUUGUCAACCCGAUGCUAUAGGUAUUCUAAAAUGUACACAUAGUUGUACCCAUUUCACCUGUGGACAAAACUCAGCUUGCGUGGCAGAGUCGCACAAAGGCCAAUGUCAAUGUUUAGCUGGAUAUACUGGAAAUCCUAAUGACAGAGAAGGUUGCAUACCUUUACUGCAAAACAAAUGCUCAUCGGAUGCUCAAUGUCCAGAGCAAGAAACCUGCAGGAAGCAUUCGGAACACAAUAUUCUCAUGUGUAUUCCAGCUUGCGACCAAAUAACUUGUGGACCUAACGCAAUAUGCGUUGUUAACAACCAUGUUCCCCAAUGUCAGUGUCCUUCUGGAUCAUAUGCAGGAGAUCCAAACGAUCUAAUAAAAGGAUGUAGUCAUGUACCUUGCGUAUACAAUGUAGAUUGCCAUACGACCCAGUUAUGUAAUCGUAUGACGCACAAAUGUCACUAUGUGUGUGAUGAUGAAGCUUGUGGAACUAAUGCUGUCUGUAUUGCGGAAAAUCACAAAGCUACUUGCCAAUGUCCUCCCGGCACCAACCCGAACCCUACUGCUGAUAUAGAAUGUGUAGCUGUCAACGUCUGUAAACCUAAUCCUUGUCACAGUACAGCUAUCUGCAGACCAUCAGCAUCUGGAAGUCAUACUUGUACGUGUCCUCCUGGUACCAUCGGAGAACCUUAUUUAUCAGGAUGUAAGAAAGAAGGGAUGUGUUCAAUAGGUGAUGCCGAUUGUCCACCUACUUCCGCAUGUAAAAACGGCAAAUGUGUAAACCCUUGUGAAGAUACCAAAUGUGGUCCUAAUAGCAUAUGCUCAGUAGAAAACCAUAGGGCAGUUUGCACGUGUCUAGCCAAAUACGUUCCAGCUGAAGAUGGCUGUGCUCGCAUAUCAAAAUCUUGUAACAAUGACCGCGAAUGCGGAGAUGAAGUAUGUAUCAACAAUCAGUGUAGAUCAAUUUGCAAGAACAACAAAGACUGCUCAGUAGGAGAAACAUGCUACCACAAUGUUUGUGUAGUAAGUUGCACGGAUCACAGUCAAUGCUAUAAAGAUCAGGCUUGCGUAAAUAAUACUUGCAUCAUUGGUUGUCGCAGUAACAAAAACUGCCUCUCUGAUCAUGCUUGUAUCAACAACAAAUGUCAAGACCCCUGUGAAAAGGCCGAUACUUGUGGACCAAAUGCUAUUUGUUCUUGUAAAGAUCAUAAAACGUUGUGUAAAUGUCCGGAUGGAUUUGAAGGAAAUCCUACACCUCAACAAGGAUGUAUCAGAAUACCAUCGUUAUGCCAACAUGAUCUCGAAUGCCCUAAGAAUCAUAUUUGCUCCCAAAAUCAAUGUGCCCUCUCAUGUUCCAACAACAACUUAUGUGCAGUGGGAGAAAGAUGUUUUGGAAAUAUAUGCGUUAAAGUUUGCUACAGCGAUGGAAACUGUCUACAAGGAGAAGUGUGUAAAAACGGAGUGUGUCUUCCAGGUUGUGCUUUAGAUAAAGAUUGUAGAACCUCUCAAGUUUGUGUACAGGGACAAUGUAUAUGCACUGAAGGUUUUAUAGAAUCACCUGAAGGGUGUACUGACAUAGACGAAUGCAAAAGUCGUCCUUGCCACUCCACUGCUAUUUGUAAAAAUACACCAGGAUCUUUCAGUUGCGCAUGCUCAGAGGGUAAAGUAGGAAAUCCUUUGACAGAACCCGGAUGUUCAGAACCAGUUCAAUGUAGACGUGAUGCUCAAUGCGCUGACAAAUUGAUCUGUAAAAGAGGAAAAUGUAUCGACCCAUGUGACAGCAAUCGUUGUGGAAAUAGUGCUAUAUGUAACGUUACUAAGCACAAAUUAUCCUGUACAUGUCCACCAAAACACCUUGGUGAUCCUUAUGACUCUAACCUAGGAUGCUUUAAAGUAGAAUGUAUCAGAGAUGAUGACUGCCAAUCAGACCACUUUUGUGAUGAGCACUCUAACAAAUGUAUCAGUACUUGCGACGUUGUCAAUUGUGGAAAAGGUACUUGUUCAAGCAGCAAUCACAAAGCUCUGUGUACAUGUUUAUCUGGAUAUGCGUUUAAUAAAGAAAAAUGCGAAGAUAUAAACGAAUGUAAGGAUUCCAAUCCUUGCCACGCUACUGCUACUUGCAUAAAUACAGAUGGAGGCUUUACGUGCAUAUGUGCUGAAGGAUUAGUAGGAGAUCCAUCCACUACGGGUUGUCGCAAACCAGGAGAAUGCUCUACAGAUGCGGAUUGUCCAUCGUUGGCAGCUUGUAUUGAAAAUAAAUGCAAAAAUCCUUGCGAGACUCCUGGUAUCUGUGGACUUAAUGCUGAGUGUAUACCUAUUGGACACGUAGCUUCGUGCAAAUGUCCACCACGUACUAAGGAAGAUACCAACAACAACUGUAAUCCUAUAGAAUGUUUGGACAAAAAUGAUUGUUCGAAAGAUAAAACCUGUAUUGAUUCCAAGUGUCAAAAUCCUUGUGAAUUGCCGAAUGUGUGUGGAGAAAAAGCAUUAUGUACUGCUGAUGAUCAUCAAGGUGUAUGUACUUGCCAACCAGGAACUACAGGUGAUCCACGUAUUGGAUGUGUGGUUAUACAAUAUUGCGCACAAGAUUCGCAGUGUCCUUCGGGACUAAAAUGUUAUAAUGGAAUAUGUACCUCGAUUUGUACUACUGCUAGAGAAUGUAUCGAAGAUCAAUUAUGUAUUCAAGGUAUAUGUCAGCCUACUUGUAAAACCAACUCUACAUGUCCAGAAUAUCAGUUUUGCCAAAACAACAUUUGCAUUCAAGAACAGAGAUGUAGGCAAAACACUGAUUGUGAGUUAACAGAAAAAUGUCUGGCAAAUAAUUUGGGUCAAAACGAAUGUACAGACGCUUGUGAGGGUGUGUUAUGUGGAAGGAAUGCUGAGUGCUUCUCUAAGAAUCACAAGCCUUCCUGUCACUGCAAACGUGGCUACAAAGGGAAUCCCAGCGAUGACAAAAUAGGCUGCCAAGAAAUAGAAUGUGAAACCAAUGAGAAUUGCUCAAAUGACAAACUGUGUGACCAAUACAUGUGCAAGAUUGCUUGUUUGGUUCAUAACCCUUGUGGUAAGAAUGCACUUUGUUCUGCGGAAAGUCACAAGCAAGUCUGCUACUGCCAGCCCGGUUAUACCGGAGAUAGUAUCAAAGGUUGCCACAUGAUAGAUUUCUGCAAAGAUAAACCUUGCGGACCAAAUGCAGUAUGCCAUAACUCUCGAGGAUCUUUCAGAUGUCAGUGCCCUCUGGGUACCGUCGGCGAUGCAUACAAUGGUGGCUGCAAUCCUCCAGUAGAAUGCAACAGAAAUUCAGAUUGUCCGGUGAAAGCCAAAUGUGACACUACUAAUGGUGUUCACAAAUGCAAAGACGUCUGCGAGAACACACUGUGCGGAUCAAAUGCUGAAUGUAUAGCUGUUGACCAUGCUGGCUAUUGCACUUGCAGGAACGGCUACCAAGGAAAUGCUACAGAUAAAAGCGUAGGGUGCAAACCAAGAUUGGUUAGCUGUAAGACCACCUCUGACUGUCCAUCGAAUACCUACUGCUACGAAGAGAUAUGUAGUCCACAUUGCGAGACAAAUGAAGAAUGCCAACUUAAUGAGCAAUGUUUGAAGGGCCAAUGUUUAAACCCGUGUUCCUUGACUAGAGCUUGUGGUAUCAAUGCAGUUUGCCGAAUUGAUAAUCAUGUUAAGACGUGUAGCUGUCCACCAGGAUUCACGGGCAAAGAAUAUGUAGAAUGUGUGAGACUUCCAGUAUCAUGUUCGACCAAUAGUGAUUGCUCUAACACUACCAUCUGCAAAGAAAACAUGUGCACACCGCAAUGCAAAGCAGAUAACGAUUGUGCUUUCAACGAAAAAUGUCUCAAAGGCAACUGCCAAUUGACUUGUCGCGUGGACAACGACUGUUUCCUGGGUCACAUCUGCGUCAAUAAUAUGUGCUUCUACGGCUGCCACAACGACGAUGAUUGCACCAGCAGUGAAUCCUGCAGAAACAACAAAUGUAUAGACCCCUGCAAAGAAAACCCUUGUGGACCCAACGCACUUUGUGCAGUAUCAAACCAUAGAGCUACCUGUUCUUGUGGAAAGGGCCUAGUGCCUAAUCCGUCUGCUACAGUUGGCUGUGUGAGAGCUCCACCUCAAGUCUGCAGAGAGAAUAGAGAAUGUCCAAACGGUAAUGCCUGUAUUGAACGCUCUUGUAGACUAAUCUGUUCUUCAGAUAAUAACUGCUUGAGCAACGAAAGAUGCGAAACACCUUCUAAAGUCUGCAAACCCAUCUGCAGAAAAGACGAUGACUGUAAUAGCGACCAAGUCUGUGAUGGUUUGGUCUGCAUCAUAGGAUGUAGAGGUGAUAGUAAAUGUCCUUCAGAUCAAGCCUGCAUCAACGGCAAAUGCGUAGAUUUAUGCGCAGCUCCGACGGCGUGUGGAAUCAACGCAGAGUGUGCUAUAGUCGACCAUAAGAAGAUUUGUACUUGCCCCCUUCCACUUACGGGAAACCCAGACGAAGGUUGUAAACAUCCAGUAGAGCUCUGUAAUGAGAACAAAGAUUGCUCUAAAGGCAGUACCUGUCAUGGUGGAAUAUGCCAGGCUACAUGUAAAGUGGACCGUAAUUGUCUGGCCGACGAAAAAUGUAUUAGAGGAGUCUGCAAAACAGUGUGCAACUCAGACGCUGCUUGUAACGCAAAUCACAUCUGCGAGAAUCGUAUUUGCGAAAUCGGCUGCCGUAGUGACAAUGAUUGUCCACCAGAUAAGGCUUGCAUCAACAACAAAUGUCAAAAUCCAUGCGAAAAAACUACAACAUGCGGAGUAUGUGCUCAAUGCUUGGUCAACAACCACGUAGCUCAGUGCAGCUGCCCAGUCAACUUCCUUGGCAAUCCUCUAAAAGCUUGCACCCAACCAGCUAUCAAAUGCAACUCCAACUGCGACUGUGACGAAGUGGGUGGCUACUGCACGAAACAAUGCUCGACCAACGACGACUGCGCAUGUGGAGAGAACUGCGUCAACAAGAAAUGUCGUAAUAAGUGUUCUGCGCAGGUAUCUUGCGCUCAAGGUCAAAUUUGCACAAGAGGAGCAUGCUUGCCCGGUUGUAGAUCGAAUAAUGAUUGCCCAAAUGCUGAAAUUUGCAACAACAGAAAGUGCGAGAAUCCUUGUAAGGCGAAUGCUUGCGGAAAGAAUGCGUUAUGCACGUCAGCUGACCACAGAAAAGUCUGUUUAUGCCCAGAUGGCUACAAAGGUGAUGCUAACAGAGCAUGUAUACCAUUCGAAUGUCGCAAAGACUCUGACUGUGAAUCGAACAAGAAAUGUGGUGACGACGGAGCUUGCAGAAACCCAUGCUUGGAGCAAAAAGCAUGCGGCAUCAAUGCUCAAUGUCGCGUAGUGGACCGUCAACCUUUAUGUACAUGCCCACCAGGUUAUCUUGGUAAUGCCCAAAUAGAAUGCAAACAGGGUCGAACGGAAGAAUGUUUGAAGAACACUUGCGGACCUAAUUCCCGGUGCAAAGAAAAGGAAGACGGUGGAUUUGAAUGCGUUUGUGCCACUGGAUGUAUAGGAGAUCCGUACAGGGGAUGCGUGUGUGAGGGAGAGUUGGUUUCUCUGUGCAAGAACAAAUUGUGCGGAGUAGGUGCGCAGUGCAAAGUCGUAAAUGAUAAAGCUCAGUGUUACUGUCCUCAAGAUAAGCCUGCAGGGGAUCCUACUAUCGAGUGUUCCAUUGAAAAAACAACUCCAGAUUGUAGGACAGAGGGCUGCGGCAAAAACUCUGAAUGCAUAAGAGAACAUGCUUUCUUUGUUUGUCGUUGUUUACCAGGUUAUUCAGGUACUCCUGACAAAGGAUGCGACAAGGCUGCUGAGUGUAAUAGUGACUUAGAAUGCCCGAACAACAAAGCUUGCAUCAACUACCAAUGCGUUAAUCCUUGUACACUGAGAGGAGCCUGCGGACUCAACGCCCUCUGUGAGACGAUUCUACAUAGACCUAGAUGUUCCUGUCCAGAAUGCUACUUGGGUAUGGCAGGCACUGCGUGUUAUCCCGAUGAAAAAUGCUUGACGGUGCAUGGAAGACCUAACAAGAUACAUUGUUUAUCUAACGACGAUUGCUCUGAUAAUUUGGCUUGUGAAAUAUCGACCGGAGAAUGUGUGGACCCCUGCGAGAACAAAGCGUUCAAAUGCAGAGGAAAUAAGAAGUGCGAAGUACACCAUCAUAGACCAACUUGCGUCUGUAAGAAAGGUUUUCUGGUCAACGAUCAAGGAGAGAUAUCGUGUGCUCCUGACAACACUGAAUGUUACCAAGACAGUCACUGUCCCACGAAUAAAUCUUGCAUCCAGGGACUUUGCCAGAACCCUUGUACAGCUCACGGCAAGUCAGCUUGCCCCGCUGACAAGAGCUGUGACGUGGUUAACCACAAACCAGUUUGUAUUUGUUUGAAAGAUUGUACUCCUUCUUUGUCGAUAUGUUUAAGAGACAACGGUUGUCCGCAAGAUCAAGCUUGCAGAGCAUUUAGAUGUGAAGAUCCAUGUAAGACAGCCAAUUGUCCAGAAAAUACGCCAUGCUUCGUUGAGGAUCACAAGCCCAAAUGCCAAUUCUGCCCACCUGGUUUUAAAACUGAUCCUAAAUAUGGAUGCGUAAAAGAUAUACAAUGUCGCUCACACGAUGAAUGUCACAUCAAUCUGGCAUGCAUAAACCGAAAAUGUCAAAACCCAUGCGCCGUUUCGAACCCUUGUACUCAGUCGCAAGACUGUAAAGUACAAGAACAUCAACCAGUGUGCGUCAAAGUUUGUCAAUGCCAACGAAAUGAAGACUGUGGAAAUAUCAACUUCCAAUGUGAUGGCUGCCAAUGUGUACCAGGCGAACCUCGAAUUCCUCUAUGCUCCCACUGCCCACCAGGUGUAUCUUGCGACCCCGUCUCAGGGGCCUGUCUGGAGGAUAUGGUUACUACACCUGCAACACUAACCGAAACACAACCUGUGACCCUUUCACAAAUAACAAAUGCUACUACCUCUACUACCAAUCUAACCUUUAGUACAAAUACUGAAGAAACUAGCGCACCUUCUACCCUGCCAUACGAACCGAUAGAACCAAGAGAAUUUGAAACAACGACACAACGGAAAAUUGUAGUUGUGCCAGAAACUACGACUACAGAAAAAUUUGUAACGAUUACAGCAGAAACAAUGAAAUUGGAAGAAACUACGAACCCCUCUAUCAUAUCCACACUAUAUACAACGUUAUCUUCUAUUUUCACGACUGUCCACACAAACACAACAACGGAAGAGAGUACUACACUAUCGACUGCUACAGGCACAACAAAAGAAAUUACUACUGGUAAUCCAGAAACCACUGUUACUGGUACAAUUACAACUUCUGCAGAAAUCGCAACAAAAGAAGUAACUACCAGUCAAGAAACUAUAACAACGAAUGAAACAACAACGACAAAACCUCUAACUCCUGAAGUUACAACUUCUGCUACGGUAACCUUGACAACCGGAGAAUCUACAACUUCUGAGGAACAAACAAUUCGACAGGAAACUACUAGUCAAGAAUCUAUUACAACUGGUGAAGCAACAACUACAAAACCAGUAACAAUUCCUGAAGUUACAACUUCUGGUAGGGAAACCGUGACCACAGGUGGAUAUACAACUUCUGAGGAACAACGAACCACUUCACAAGAGCUGAAAACUACUACAAUAGAACAACCAAUAGAAGUUGAGAUAACAACAAAACAAAAAGAUUUGACUGGUAUAACAACUCAAGGGACCACAAUAAAUGAAACAUUAGAAACCACAGAAAGUGUCAAAACAACUACAGAAAAGCAACCUAUAGAAGUUGAAAUACCAGUCACAACAGGUGGAUAUACAACUUCUAAGGAACAAACAAUUAAACAGGAAACUACUAGUCCAGAAUCUAUUCCAACUGGUGAAGCAACAACGACAAAACCAGUAACAGUUCCCGAAGUUACAACUUCUGGUAGGGACUCUGUGACAACAGGUGGAUAUACAACUUCUGAGGAUCAAACAAUUAGACAGGAAACUACUAGUCAAGAAACUAUUACAACUGGUGAAGCAGCAACUACAAAACCAGUAACAAUUCCUGAAGCUACAACUUCUGGUAGGGAAACUGUGACAACAGGUGGAUAUACAACUUCUGAGGAACAAACAAUUAGACAGGAAACUACUAGUCAAGAAUCUAUUACAACUGGUGAAGCAGCAACGACAAAACCAGAGACAAUUCCUGAACUUACAACUUAUGGUAGGGAAACUGUGACAACAGGUGGAUAUACAACUUCUGAGGAAAAAACAAUUAGACAGGAAACUACUAGCCAAGAAUCUAUUACAACUGGUGAAGCAGCAACGACAAAAGCAGUAACAAUUCCUGAAGCUACAACUUCUGGCACGGAAACUGUGACAACAGGUGGAUAUACAACUUCUGAGGAACAAACAAUUAGACAGGAAACUACUAGUCAAGAAUCUAUUACAACUGGUGAAGCAGCAACGACAAAACCAGUGACAAUUCCUGAAGUUACAACUUAUGGUAGGGAAACUGUGACACCAGGUGGAUAUACAACUUCUGAGGAACAAACAAUUAGACACGAAACUACUAGUCAAGAAUCUAUUACAACUGGGGAAGCUGCAACGACAAUAUCAAUGACAAUUCCUGAAGUUACAACUUAUGGUAGGGAAACUGUGACAACAGGUGGAUAUACAACUUCUGAGGAACAAACAAUUAGACAGGAAAGUACUAGUCAAGAAUCUAUUACAACUGGUGAAGCAGCAACGACAAAAGCAGUAACAAUUCCUGAAGCUACAACUUCUGGCACGGAAACUGUGACAACAGGUGGAUAUACAACUUCUGAGGAACAAACAAUUAGACAGGAAACUACUAGUCAAGAAUCUAUUACAACUGGUGAAGCAGCAACGACAAAACCAGUAACAAUUCCUGAAGCUACAACUUCUGGUAGGGAAACGGUGACAACAGGUGGAUAUACAACUUCUGAGGAACAAACAACUAGACAGGAAACUACUAGUCAAGAAUCUAUUCCAACUGGUGAAGCAACAACGACAAAACCAGUAACAGUUCCCGAAGUUACAACUUCUGGUAGGGACUCUGUGACAACAGGUGGAUAUACAACUUCUGAGGAUCAAACAAUUAGACAGGAAACUACUAGUCAAGAAACUAUUACAACUGGUGAAGCAGCAACUACAAAACCAGUAACAAUUCGUGAAGCUACAACUUCUGGUAGGGAAACUGUGACAACAGGUGGAUAUACAACUUCUGAGGAACAAACAAUUAGACAGGAAACUACUAGUCAAGAAUCUAUUACAACUGGUGAAGCAGCAACGACAAAACCAGUGACAAUUCCUGAAGGUACAACUUAUGGUAGGGAAACUGUGACAACAGGUGGAUAUACAACUUCUGAGGAACAAACAAUUAGACAGGAAAGUACUAGUCAAGAAUCUAUUACAACUGGUGAAGCAGCAACGACAAAAGCAGUAACAAUUCCUGAAGCUACAACUUCUGGCACGGAAACUGUGACAACAGGUGGAUAUACAACUUCUGAGGAACAAACAAUUAGACAGGAAACUACUAGUCAAGAAUCUAUUACAACUGGUGAAGCAGCAACGACAAAACCAGUGACAAUUCCUGAAGUUACAAUUUAUGGUAGGGAAACUGUGACACCAGGUGGAUAUACAACUUCUGAGGAACAAACAAUUAGACAGGAAACUACUAGUCAAGAAUCUAUUACAACUGGGGAAGCUGCAACGACAAUACCAAUGACAAUUCCUGAAGUUACAACUUAUGGUAGGGAAACUGUGACAACAGGUGGAUAUACAACUUCUGAAGAACAAACAAUUAGACAGGAAACUACUAGUCAAGAAUCUAUUACAACUGGUGAAGCAGCAACGACAAAACCAAUCACAAUUCCUGAAGCUACAACUUCUGGUAGGGAAACGGUGACAACAGGUGGAUAUAUAACUUCUGAGGAACAAACAACUAGACAGGAAACUACUAGUCAAAAAUCUAUUACAACUGGUGAAGCAGCAACGACAAAAUCAGUGACAAUUCCCGAAGUUACAACUUAUGGUAGGGAAACUGUGACAACAGGUGGAUAUACAACUUCUGAGGAACAAACAAUUAGACAGGAAAGUACUAGUCAAGAAUCUAUUACAACUGGUGAAGCAGCAACGACAAAACCAGUAACAAUUUCUGAAGCUACAACUUCUGGUAGGGAAACUGUGACAACAGGUGGAUAUACAACUUCUGAGGAACAAACAACUAGACAGGAAACUACUAGUCAAAAAUCUAUUACAACUGGUGAAGCAGCAACGACAAAAUCAGUGGCAAUUCCUGAAGUUACACCUUAUGGUAGGGAAACUGUGACAACAGGUGGAUAUACAACUUCUGAAGAACAAACAAUUAGACAGGAAACUACUAGUCAAGAAUCUAUUACAACUGGUGAAGCAGCAACGACAAAACCAGUGACAAUUCCUGAAGGUACAACUUCUGGUAGGGAAACUAUGACAACAGGUGGAUAUACAGCUUCUGAGGAACAAACAAUUACACAGGAAACUACUAGCCAAAAAUCUGUUACAACUGGUGAAGCAGUAACGACAAAACCAGUGACAAUUCCUGAGGUUACAACUUAUGGUAGGGAAACUGUGACAACAGGUGGAUAUACAACUUCUGAGGAACAAACAAUUAGACAGGAAACUACUAGCCAAGAAUCUAUUACAACUGGUGAAGCAGCAACGACAAAACCAGUGACAAUUCCUGAACUUACAACUUAUGGUAGGGAAACUGUGACAACAGGUGGAUAUACAACAUCUGAAGAACAGACUUUUAGACAGGAAACUACUAGUCAAGAACCUAUUACAACUGGUGAAGCAGCAAAGACAAAACCAGUAACAAUUCCUGAAGCUACAACUUCUGGUGGGGAAAUUGUGACAACAGGUGGACAUACAAGUUCUGAGGAACAAACAGUUAGACAGGAAACUACUAGUCAAGAAUCUGUUACAACUGCUGAAGCAGCAACGACAAAACCAGUAACAAUUCCUGAAGUUACAACUUCUGGUAGGGAAACAGUGACAACGGGAGGAUAUACAACUUCUCAGGAACAAACAAUUAGACAACAAACUACUACUAGUCAAGAAUAUACUACAACUGGUGAAACAACAACCAGAAAACCAGUAACAGUUCCUGAAGUUACAACUUCUAGUAGGGAAACGGUGACCACAGGUGGAUAUACAACUUCUGAAGAACAAACAGUUAGACAGGAGACUACUAGUCCAGAAUCUAUUACAACUGGUGAAGUAACAACGACAAAACCAGCAACAGUUUCUGAAGUUACAACUUCUGGUAAGGAAACUGUGACAACAGGUGGAUAUACAACUUCUGAGGAACAAACAAUUAGACAGGAAACUACUAGUCAAGAAUAUAUUACAACUGGUGAAACAACAACCAAAAAACCAGUAACAUUUCCUGAAGUUACAACUUCUGCUAGGGAAACGGUGACCACAGGUGGAUAUACAACUUCUGAAGAACAAACAAUUAGACAGGAGACUACUAGUCCAGAAUCUAUUACAACUGGUGAAGUAACAACGACAAAACCAGCAACAGUUCCUGAAGUUACAACUUCUGGUAAGGAAACUGUGACAACAGGUGGAUAUACAACUUCUGAGGAACAAACAAUUAGACAGGAGACUACUAGUCCAGAAUCUAUUACAACUGGUGAAAUAACAACGACAAAACCAGCAACAGUUCCUGAAGUUACACCUUCUGGUAAGGAAACUGUGACAACAGGUGGACAUACAACUUCUGAGGAACAGACAAAUAGACAGGAAACUACUAGUCAAGAAUCUAUUACAACUGGUGAAGCAGCAACGACAAAACCAGUAACAAUUCCUGAAGUUACAACUUAUGGUGGAGAAACUGUGACAACAGGUGGAUAUAGAACUUCUGAGGAACAAACAAUUAGACAGGAAACUACUAGUCAAGAAUCUAUUACAACUGGUGAAGCAGCAACGAAAAAACCAGUGACAAUUCCUGCAGUUACAACUUAUGGUAGGGAAACUGUGACAACAGUUGGAUAUAGAACUUCUGAGGAACAGACAAUUAGACAGGAAACUACUAGUCAAGAAUCUAUUACAACUGGUGAAGCAGCAACGACAAAACCAGUAACAAUUCCUGAAGCUACAACUUCUGGUAGGGAGACUGUGACAACAGGUGGAUAUACAACAUAUGAGGAACAGACAAUUAGACAGGAAACUACUAGUCAAAAAUCUAUUACGACUGGUGAAGCAGCAACGACAAAACCAGUGACAAUUCCUGAAGCGGCAACUUCUGGUAGGGAAACUGUGACAACAGGUGGAUAUACAACUUCUGAAGAACAACGAACCACUCCAGAAGAGCUGAAAAGUACUACAAUAGAACAACCAAUAGAAGUUGAGAUAACAACAAAACAAAAAGAUUUGACUGGUAUAACAACUCAAGGAACCACAAUAAAUGAAACAUUAGAAACCACAGAAAGUGUCAAAACAACUACAGAAAAGCAACCUAUAGAAGUUGAAAUACCAGUCACAACGGAACAAAAGCUAGAAUCCACAACCAGGAAAAGUCUUACAGAAAUAACAACAGAAUACUUUGAAUUACUUACAACUAAAAUUUUCACAACACUUGGAGUAACCACAUCUGAAAUAAAUACAGAACCCACUGCAGGUACCAACAUGACACAGCAAACAUCAGGAACUGAACAAACAACAAAAGAACUAACUACGGAACAAGAAAUUACUACUGAGAAUGUGGUAACUACUUCAAGUGAAAGAAUCACCACUUCCGAAGAAAAAACAACUACCGAGGAAAUUGUAACCCAAAUACCUACUGUUGGUACUACAGAGUAUAUUACAACAACUGAAGGAAAAGUAAUUAUACAUGCUCAAACGACAGCUUCUGAAAAAAUUAUGACAAUAACACCUCAGUACAUAACAAUGCCAACAAAAGAAAAAGAAACGGAAUUGCCACCUACUACAACAGAGGAACAAAUACCUCACACGACACAAGCCGUAGUCACUGAAACAUUAACUCCAGCAACUAUCGAACCUAUUGAGUCCAGAGAAGAGCCAGGAAUAACAGAAAUCACUACAGAAGGAGUAACUUUUGUGUAUCCCGAAACAACAGUUUCUCAAAAAUAUAUAACCGUCACUCCACAGUACCCAACAAAUCAGGAAGAAACAGAGACUGUGCUAAUUUUAGAAACAACAAAAUCCUCAUUAAUUACCCCAGAAGUAACAACAAGUACUUCAACGGAAAAAACUAUUAAAGAAAUAGAAAAUCAAACUACAACUGAAGCAGUUAGAAUAACAACUGAAGCAGAAAUGACAUUCAUAACGGAAUUCACACAAAAUAAAACAACUUCAGGUCUCAGCCAAAUGUCUGACAAAACACCAAGUAAAAUAAUCACAGAAGCUACACUGAGUCCAACAGAACAACCACGAGUAACACACGGUAUAACGUAUCCUACCUCUAUUGAAACUACUACAAAAGUAACUGAAGUACCUAGCAUAGAAAUAUCAAAUGCAACCAUUGCCACUGGGUCCACUGUUGCCAUCACAACAUCUCAGAAAUUAGAAACUACCACGUCAGCUGAAAUUGUUACAGAAGCUUCUACUAUUUACUCAACAUUAGUUCCUACUACUAAAGGAAUUGAGGAAGAAACUAGCAAACAAUAUACUGAAAAGGUUUCUACACAAGGUUUAACAACAUUAACUACAACCGAGACCACAUUACCUCCCACAAGUAGUGAAAAACAAGAAGUCACCUUCUCUACCAUUACUGCAAGUACUGUAACAGAACAAACAGGAAGAGAACAAACAGUACCAGUUACAAGAGAAGGUAAAGAGAAGAUAUACACAACAGAAUCAAAUUUAUCUCCAACUACUUCUCAAAGAUCAGAAACAGAAGUUGUAACUGAACAAACUGGUGAAGAAUAUACCGUAAAAGUCACUACAGAAGGUAAGGAAAAAGUGUACACUACGGAAUCAACUUUAGCUCCUACCACUUCUCAAAGACAAGAAUCAACAUUUUCUCCAGUAACAAUAGAAGGUCCAACUGAACAAACUGGCGGAGAGUAUACUGUAAAAGUAACUACAGAAGGUAAGGAAAAGGUAUACACUACGGAAUCAACUUUAGCCUCUACUACUGCACAAGGGCAAGAAACUACAUUUACACCCGGCACAACAGAAGUUGUAACUGAACAAACAGGAAAAGAAUAUACUGUGAGAGUCACUACAGAAGGCAAGGAAAAAGUAUACACUACGGAAUCAACUUUAGCUCCUACUACAGCACAACGACAAGAAACUACUUUAGCACCCGGCACAACAGAAGUUGUAACUGAGCAAACAGGAAAAGAAUACACUGUAAAAGUUACUACAGAAGGUAACGAAAAAGUAUACACUUCGGAAUCAACUUUAGCUCCUACCACUUCUCAAAGACAAGAAACAACAUUGUCUCCUAUAACAAUAGAAGGUCUAACUGAAGGAACUGGAGGAGAGUAUACUGUAAGAGUCACUACAGAAGGUAAGGAAAAAGUAUAUACUACGGAAUCAACUUUAGCUCCUACCACUUCUCGAAGACAAGAAACAACAUUGUCUCCUGUAACAAUAGAAAGUCUAACUGAAGAAACUGGAGGAGAGUAUACUGUAAGAGUCACUACAGAAGGUAAGGAAAAAGUAUUAACUACGGAAUCAACUUUAGCUCCUACUUCAGCACAAGGGCAAGAAACUACAUUUGCAUCCGGCCCAACAGAAGUUGUAACUGAACAAACAGGAAAAGAAUAUACUGUAAAAGUUACUAAAGAAGGUAAGGAAAAAGUAUACACUACGGAAUCAACUUUAGCUCCUACCACUUCCCAAAGACAAGAAACAACAUUCUCUCCUGUAACAAUAGAAGGUCUAACUGAACAAACUGGAGAAGAGUAUACUGUGAGAGUCACUACAGAAGGCAAGGAAAAAUUGUACACUACAGCAACAACUUUAGCUCCUACCACUUCUCAAAGACAAGAAACAACGUUUUCUCCUGUAACAAUAGAAGGUAUAACUGAACAAACUGGAAAAGAGUACACUGUGAAAAUCACUACAGAAGGUAAGGAAAAAUUAUUCACUACGGAAUCAACUUUAGCUCCUACUACAGCACAAGGGCAAGAAACUACAUUUGCACCCGGCACAACAGAAGUUGUAACUGAACAAACAGGAAAAGAAUAUACUGUGAGAGUCACUACAGAAGGCAAGGAAAAAUUGUACACUACAGAAUCAACUUUAGCUCCUACCACUUCUCAAAGAAAAGAAGCAACAUUUUCUUCUGUAACAAUAGAAGGCCUAACUGAACAAACUGGAGGAGAGUAUACUGUGGGAGUCACUACAGAAGGUAAGGAAAAAUUAUUCACUACGGAAUCAACUUUAGCUCCUACUACAGCACAAGGGCAAGAAACUACAUUUGCACCCGGCACAACAGAAGUUGUAACUGAACAAACAGGAAAAGAAUAUACUGUAAAAGUUACUAAAGAAGGUAAGGAAAAAGUAUACACUACGGAAUCAACUUUAGCUCCUACCACUUCCCAAAGACAAGAAACAACAUUCUCUCCUGUAACAAUAGAAGGUCUAACUGAACAAACUGGAGAAGAGUAUACUGUGAGAGUCACUACAGAAGGCAAGGAAAAAGUGUACACUACAGAAUCAACUUUAGCUCCUACCACUUCUCAAAGCCAAGAAACAACAUUUUCUCCUGUAACAAUAGAAGGUGUAACUGAACAAACUGGGGAAGAGUAUACUGUGAGAGCCACUACAGAAGGCAAGGAAAAAGUAUACACUACGGAAUCAACUUUAGCUCCAACCACUUCUCAAAGACAAGAAACCACAUUUUCUCCUGUAACGAUAGAAGGUCUAACUGAACAAACUGGAGGACAGUAUACUGUGAGAGUCACUACAGAAGGUAAGGAAAAAGUAUUCACUACGGAAUCAACUUUAGCCCCUACCACUGCACAAGGUCAAGAAACUACAUUUUCACCCGGCACAACAGAAGUUGUAACUGAACAAACAGGAAAAGAAUAUACUGUGAGAGUAACUACAGAAGGCAAGGAAAAAGUGUACACUACAGAAUCAACUUUAGCUCCUACCACUUCUCAAAGACAAGACACAACAUUUUCUCCUGUAACAACAGAAGGUCUAACUGAACAAACUGGAGAAGAGUAUACUGUUAGAGUCACUACAGAAGGUAAGGAAAAGGUAUACACUACGGAUUCAAAUUUAGCCCCCACCACUGCACAAGUGCAAGAAACCACAUUAAUUCCCGGCACAACAGAAGUUGCAACUGAACAGACAGGAAAAGAAUAUACUGUGAGAGUCACUACAGAAGGCAAGGAAAAAGUGUACACUACAGAAUCAACUUUAGCUCCUACCACUUCUCAAAGACAAGACACAACAUUUUCUCCUGUAACAACAGAAGGUCUAACUGAACAAACUGGGGAAGAGUAUACUGUUAGAGUCACUACAGAAGGUAAGGAAAAGGUAUACACUACGGAUUCAAAUUUAGCCCCCACCACUGCACAAGUGCAAGAAACCACAUUAAUUCCCGGCACAACAGAAGUUGCAACUGAACAGACAGGAAAAGAAUAUACUGUGAGAGUCACUACAGAAGGCAAGGAAAAAGUGUACACUACAGGAUCAACUUUAGCUCCUACCACUUCUAACAGACAAGAAACAACAUUUUCUGCUGUAACAAUAGAAGGUCUAACUGAACAAACUGGAGGAGAGUAUACUGUGAGAGUCACUACAGAAGGCACGGAAAAAGUAUACACUACAGAAUCAACUUUAGCUCCUACCACUUCUCAAAGACAAGACACAACAUUUUCUCCUGUAACAACAGAAGGUCUAACUGAACAAACUGGAGGAGAGUAUACUGUAAGAGUCACUACAGAAGGUAAGGAAAAGGUUUACACUACGGAAUCAACUUUAGCCCCCAGCACUGCACAAGUGCAAGAAACUACAUUAACGCCCGGCACAACAGAAGUUGCAACUGAACAAACAGGAAAAGAAUAUACUGUGAGAGUCACUACAGAAGGCAAGGAAAAAGUGUACACUACAGAAUCAACUUUAGCUCCUACCACUUCUGACAGACAAGAAACCACAUUUUCUGCUGUAACAACAGAAGGUCGAACUGAACAAACUGGAGAACAGUAUACUGUGAGAGUCACUACAGAAGGUAAGGAAAAGGUAUACACUACGGAUUCAACUUUAGCCCCCACCACUGCACAAGUGCAAGAAACUACAUUAACGCCCGGCACAACAGAAGUUGCAACUGAACAAACAGGAAAAGAAUAUACUGUGAGAGUCACUACAGAAGGCAAGGAAAAAGUGUACACUACAGAAUCAACUUUAGCUCCUACCACUUCUGACAGACAAGAGACAACAUUUUCUUCUGUAACAAAAGAAGGUCUAACUGAACAAUCUGGAGGAGAGUAUACUGUGAGAGUCACUACAGAAGGCACGGAAAAAGUAUACACUACAGAAUCAACUUUAGCUCCUAUUACUUCUCAGGUUCACGAAACGACAUUUGUAUCUGUGACAACAAAAGUUUUAACCGAGCAGACUGCUACAGAAUCUACUUUGCUUCCAGUUACAUCUUAUACGCAAGAAUCCACGGCAACAGGAAUGAUAUACACUACGGAACGAGUACCACAAGAAACAUUAGCAAGUACCGAACAAACCAGUGCAACAACUAAGAUACAACCAGUUGUAACAUUUGGUGAGACAUAUUCGACAUCAUCUGGAGAAACUACUACCACAGUGAAUGUUGCCGGAAAUUAUACAGAAACCUCAGUAACGGAACAAGAAACAGUUACACAAACGAUGCCAUCUAGUAUGAUUGUAACAGGACAAGAGGAAGGUAAAAAUACAACAGGUUUACCUCAAAUUACUGAAACAAUCACAGUCAAAUCCACUAUUAAAGCUAGUGAAAAAGUGACUACAGAAUUCCCUUACUCUUCAACUCAGGAGAUAAUAUAUGAAGGUACUACUCAGUCUGAAGGAACUUCUGUACGAAUGGGAAAGGAAUUUUUAACAACCCAUGAAGCUACCACAGGAACGACUCAACAAGUUAGUUUUGAAUAUAACUUAACAAAUCCAACAACAUUAGCAACUGAAUUGGUAACAGAAGAGCAUGUUGCAGAAAUGACAACGUUACCAACAACUUUACAAAGCCUAAUAACAGGAGAAACAAUAAAAGCCGUUACAAGUACAGGUAUUUAUAAAGAAACAACAACCGUUAUGGUACCAAAAGAAACUAUAUUUACACCUGGCACAUCGGAAUUUGUAACUGAACAAACAGGAAAAGAAUCUACUGUAGAAGUCACUACAGAAGGUAAAGAAAAAGUGUACACUACGGAAUCAACUUUAGCUCCUACCACUUCUCAAAGACAAGAAACAACAUUUUCUCCUGUAACAAAAGAAGGUCUGACUGAACAAACUGUAGGAGAGUCUACUGUAGAAGUAACUACAGAAGUUAAGGAAAAAGUAUACACUACAGAAUCAACUUUAGCUCCUAUUACUACACAAGGGCAAGAAACUACAUUUACACCCGUCACAACAGAAGUUGUAACUAAACAAACAGGAAUAGAAUAUACUGUCAAAGUCACUACACAAGGCAAGGAAAAGGUAUACACUACAGAAUCAACUUUAGCUCCAACUGCUGCACAAGCGCAAGAAACUACAUUUAGACCCGGCACAACAGAAGUUGUAACUGAACAAACAGGAACAGAAUAUACUGUUAAGGUCACUACAGAAGGUAAGGAAAAAGUGUACACUACAGAAUCAACUUUAGCUCCAACUACUGCACAUGCGCAAGAAACUACAUUUAGAUCCGGCACAACAGAAGUUGUAACUGAACAAACAGGAACAGAAUAUACUGUCAAAGUUACUACAGAAGGCAAGGGAAAAGUGUACACCACAGAAUCAACUUUAGCUCCGACUACUGCACAAGGGCAAGAAACUACAGUUAGACCCGGCACAACAGAAGUUGUAACUGAAGAAACAGGAACAGAAUAUACUGUUAAGGUCACUACAGAAGGUAAGGAAAAAGUGUACACUACAGAAUCAACUUUAGCUCCAACUACUGCACAUGCGCAAGAAAGUACAUUUAGAUCCGGCACAACAGAAGUUGUAACUGAACAAACAGGAACAGAAUAUACUGUACAAGUCACUACAGAAGGCAAGGAAAAGGUAUACACUACAGAAUCAACUUUAGCUCCAACUACCGCACAAGCGCGAGAAACUACAUUUAUACCCGGCACAACAGAAGCUGUAACUGAACAAACAGGAACAGAAUAUACUGUCCAAGUUACUACAGAAGGUAAGGAAAAAAUAUACACCACAGAAUCAACUUCAGUUCCUACUACGGCACAAGGACAAGAAACUACAUUUAGACCUGUUACAACAGAAGUUGUAACUGAACAAACAGGAAAAGAAUAUACUGUAGAAGUCACUACAGAAGGUAAGGAAAAAAUAUACACUACAGAAUCAACUUUAGCUUCAACUACUGCACAAGCGCAAGAAACUACAUUUAGACCCGGCACAACAGAAGUUGUAACUGAACAAACAGGUGCAGAAUAUACUGUCCAAGUUACUACAGAAGGUAAGGAAACAAUAUUCACCACAGAAUCAACUUCAGUUCCUACUACUGCAAAAGGACAAGAAACUACAUUUAGACCUGUUACAACAGAAGUUGUAACUGAACAAACUGGAACAGAAUAUACUGUAAAAGUCACUACAGAAGGUGUGGAAAAAGUAUACACUACUGCACAAAGGCAAGAAACUACAUUUAGACCAGGCACAACAGAAGUUGUUAGUGAACAAACAGGAGAAGGAUAUACUGUAAAGGCCACUACAGAAGGCAAGGAAAAAGUAUUCACUACAGAAUCAACUUUAGCUCCUACUACUGCACAAGGACAAGAAACUACAUUUAGACCCGGCACAACAGAAUUUGUAACUGAACAAACAGGAACAGAAUAUACUGUAAAAGUCACUACAGAAGGUAAGGAAAAAGUAUACACUAUGGAAUCAACUUUAUCUCCUACCACUUCUCAAAGACAAGAAACAACAUUUGCGUCUAUAACAACCGAAGGUGUAACUGAACAAACUGUAGGUAGUACAAGUAUUGGUUCUACAAUCUCAAGUAGUUCACCUACAGGUGUAACUAUGGAGGGUAGUACUGAGACGAUUACUUCAACGUUAUUAACUGUAGGUAGUACCAAACCAGUAACAUUAGAGGUACAAACUGCCACAAUGCCGACAAGUCUGACCGCUACUGUUACUGCUACCACGCAAACAGUAGCACAGUCGGAGACAACAGAAGUACCGACUACGUUAGGUAGUACUGAAGAAAUAACAACCAGAAGAAUAGUCACUAAACCUACUACUGUAGAGGGAAGGCAUGGGGACUCAGAUAUAACAGCUGAACCUGAAUAUACUUCCACCAUAUUCCCACCGAUAAGUAUUAUGAACUUGACUGAUCUAGUAAAGAAUACAACGAAAGAAUGCUGUGACAAUAAAGACUGCUCAGGGGUAGAGGUGUGUAUUUCUAGACAUUGCGUUCACGUGUGUAAUGUGGGAGGCGCCUGCGCAGAAAACGCAGAUUGUCUAGCUGUAAACCGCACUGCUGUUUGCUUGUGUCCAGAACAGUAUUUCGGAGACCCGCAUAGGAUGUGCUUCAAAGAACGCCCCACGCCCGUGCCAAAAUCUUGCAAGUCUGAUAUGGACUGCCUCGAAAGUGAGGCGUGUUACAUGUCUCAGUGUCGGAACCCUUGCGAAUUUACGAACGCCUGUGCUGAAACUGCCAUAUGUCAGACAAAGAUUCACAGGCCAAUUUGCUCAUGUCCCACGGGAUACGAAGGAAAUCCCGCCACUAACUGCUUCAAAACACCUACAAUGACUUGCACAAGAAACGAAGAAUGUCCUCUAACCGAAGCAUGCAUAGGCAAUUCUUGCCAAAGACCUUGCGACGUCAAGAACCCAUGCGCACAGCAUGCUGUCUGUAUAAAUACCAACCACGGCUGUGACUGCAGUUGCGAAGAGGGAUACCAUGGUAACGGCUACGUGGAGUGUCAAUAUGUUGAAAACUACAAACCAAUAUGUCAAUACAACGAAGACUGUCCACCCAACAAACUAUGCGACAGGCUAAACAGAAUCUGUAUAAACCCUUGCGAUGAAGAAUCUUGUGGUGAAAACGCCGAAUGUCUACCAAAGGAUCACGGUAUCGAAUGCCGUUGUCUUCCAGGCUUUGACGGUAAUCCGUAUACAGAGUGCUACGCUACCAUCGGUUGCAGAGCUGACAGUGAAUGUCCAACACACGAAGCUUGUAUCAACGGCCUAUGUACAUCUCCAUGCAAGUGUGGCUUUAAUGCUGUAUGCGACGUACUCUAUCAUGUUCCUACUUGUAAAUGCCCACCAGGAUACCAAGGAGAUGCUCUAGUAGCAUGCCAACCACCAAGAAAUCCGUGCGAACCCAAUCCAUGUGGACUGAAUGCACUUUGCGAAUUAGACGAAGGCAAUCCUAUAUGCUUCUGUCCAAAAGGUCUGACUGGAAAUCCAUUUAAAAAUUGCAUUCCUGAAGGCGACGAAUGCUCACCAAAUCCAUGCGGUCCAAACUCUGGUUGCAGAGUAGUGGGAGGCAAUGCCGUUUGCUUCUGUCUACCAGAAUACGAAGGAACACCACCCCACAUUCCAUGUUCUCUUCCAAUCAACCCUUGCGAUCCAUCCCCAUGCGGCCCUAACACCCAAUGCGCUGUCCUAAGUAACGGUUUUGCCAAAUGUACUUGUCUACCAGGCUAUAUUGAAAAUAUAAACACCAUAAGAGGAUGCGUGGAAGCCAAAAAUCCAUGCGAACCGAACCCAUGUGGUCAUGGCGCUUAUUGUGAUCCUCUGCGCGAUCCAAUUUGCUUCUGUCCAGUUGGUACUAACGGAAAUCCUUACAGAAAUUGUAUCGAGCCUAAAAUUAACCUUUGCAGUCCAGGUCCUUGUGGAGCAAAUGCAGACUGCUACAUCACCAACGAUGAGGAACAGUGUUUCUGCAGACAAGGCUUUAUUGGAAAUCCUUACACUGGUUGUAGACUACAACCCGCAACACCAUGCGUACCAAAUCCUUGUGGACCAGGUGCUCAAUGUACAGUAACACCAGAAGGCAAUUCGUUAUGUAAGUGCCCCGAAGGUUUCGGAGGAGACCCAAUAGGACCCGGCGGUUGUCAUGGAUACGAGUGUGUUGUCGAUGAUAACUGUCCUAACAACAAGGCUUGUAUAGGUUAUAAAUGCAAAGAUCCAUGUCCUGGUGCUUGUGGAAUACAUGCUAGUUGCAAAGUGGAAAGACAUCAUCCAGUAUGUGCCUGUGAAUACGGUUUAACCGGUAAUCCAGUAAUCAGGUGUUACGAACUACCACAACCUCUACCAGAAAACCCCUGCUUACCUUCACCUUGUGGAAUCAAUACACUCUGUCAAAACCUCAAUGGCAGAGCAGUAUGUUCAUGUCUACCUGACUUUGUAGGUGAUCCUACUUUCGGCUGUCAACCUGAAUGUGUUCUUAACUCGGACUGUCCUCUGAACAAAGCUUGCUUAAACAGACAUUGUAUAGAUCCAUGUGCAGCGGGACACCUCUGUGGUGUGCACGCUAGCUGUCAAGUCAGAGAUCACACAGCUACUUGUGUUUGUCCUCAAGGUUUCAUGGGUGAUCCGUUCUUCCAAUGUAUACCAACGCCGAUCAUUUCUAUCCCAUCAUAUCCCAAUGUAACUGUCCAUCCUUGCACACCUUCACCUUGUGGAAAUAUGGAAUGUAGCAUAUGGGGUACAGAAAUAGCCAUCUGUGAUCCAUGUUUGGGGCCUCAAGCACCAUACAAUCCUCAAUGUCGACCAGAGUGUUUAACAAAUGCAGAUUGUCCCUUCGAUAGAGCCUGUCUAGGAUAUACUUGUGCCGAUCCAUGUCCUGGAAGUUGCGGUGUUAAUGCCUUGUGUUCAGUUGUAUUACAUACACCAAUAUGUAGCUGCCCACAAGGUUUGGUGGGAGAUCCAUUCCAGCACUGCUCAAUACCUUUAAGUCCUCAACCGCAUGUGCAAACUUGUGAAACUGUAAUGUGCGGGGAAAACGCAGAAUGCAACCAAGUCCACAACGCUUUAUCUUGCUCUUGCAAACCAGGAUUUUAUGGAAACCCUUGGAUCGCUUGUCGUCCAGAAUGUGUAGUCAAUCCAGAUUGUCUUUUGAGCAAGGCCUGUAUUAACAACAAAUGUGUGGAUCCAUGUGCUGGAGUAUGUGGCGUAGGAGCUCAAUGUGACGUAGUCAACCAUGUUCCGAUAUGUGCUUGUCCACCUCAUUUCACGGGAGAUCCGUUUGUUAGUUGUUAUGAAUUCAAACCAUCAGUUGAGCCUUUACCGGGUCCAAAUCCAUGUGAUCCUUCACCAUGUGGACCUUUCAGUAGAUGUCUGAUAUCGCAUCAAGGUUUUGCUACCUGUUCUUGUCUGCCUAACUAUUAUGGCGUUCCACCGGUUUGCAAACCUGAAUGUAUUGUGAGUUCGGAAUGUCCACAAACUUAUGCUUGUGUGAAUCAGAAAUGUGUUAAUCCAUGUACUGGAACAUGUGGUGCCAACGCUUUAUGUACAGUCAUUAACCAUAAUCCAAUAUGUAGCUGUGCCCCAGGACAACAAGGCGAUCCUUUCGUCGGCUGUUAUACUCCACCAACAACAGAUAAACCUAAAACAAAUGAAAAUCCUUGUGUGCCAUCCCCUUGUGGACCUAACUCUAUCUGUCAAGUCAAAGAAAACCAUCCUGUAUGCUCCUGUAUCGCUGAUUACAUAGGCAGUCCACCGUAUUGUCGACCUGAGUGUACCAUAAGCCAAGAGUGUCCAAGAGAUAAAGCCUGCGUUAGAGAAAAGUGUGUGAAUCCUUGUGUAGAACUUUGUGGCAGAAAUGCUAAAUGUGAUGUUGUCAACCAUAAUCCAUUCUGUAGUUGCAAACCUGGAUACGAAGGUGAUGCUUUUAUAAGCUGCUCUAGAAUCCCACCAGUCAUCAGACCAGUAGAUCCAUGCAAUCCUUCACCUUGUGCUGAGAAUUCGCAAUGUACUGUUCAAGAUAAUAUUGCUCGAUGUACCUGCAUUCCUCCAUACAUUGGUAACGCUUACGUUGGAGGUUGCAGACCCGAGUGUACUAUGAAUUCAGAAUGUGCCAGCCACUUAGCUUGUCUUUCGCAACAUUGUAGAGAUCCUUGUCAAGGUCUUUGUGGAAUCAAUGCAGAGUGCACUGUAGUCAACCAUGUACCAGUUUGUGCUUGUGGACGAGGAUUAAUAGGAGAUCCAUUUACCGCUUGUAGACAAAAGCCAGUCGAAGUUAAUCCUUGUGAACCAACACCUUGUGGUCCUAAUAGUGUUUGUAGGAUGAAAAACGACCAAGCCAUCUGUUCAUGCCAAGUAGGAUACUUCGGGGUACCUCCAGCUUGUCGCCCCGAAUGUCUUGUUACUUCCGAGUGUACAUCUGAUAAGGCUUGUAUCAAUCAAAAGUGCCAGGAUCCUUGUGUCGGUACUUGCGGAAUAGCAGCAAGAUGCCAGGUACACAACCACAAUCCAAUCUGUAGCUGUCCACCUAAUCACUAUGGAGAUCCAUUCAUACAAUGUACCAAGAUUGUUAAACCAAGUAUUACACCGUGCAUUCCAUCCCCUUGUGGAGCCAACGCAGAAUGCAGAACCAUUGACAACAGAGCGAGCUGUUCUUGCCUACCUGAUAUGUAUGGAGUACCACCUAACUGCCGCCCAGAAUGUUUGAUCGAUCAGGACUGUCCUCUUAGCCUGGCCUGCGUAGGUCAAAAAUGCAAAGACCCUUGUACCGGCUCCUGUGGAUUCAAUGCUCAAUGUAACGUAGUCAACCACAGGCCCAUCUGCAGCUGCCUGCCAGGCUUCGAAGGAGAUCCAUUCUCUGGCUGCAACGUAGAGGCUGUUAUAGAGGAACCUCACCACCCGUGCAACCCUUCCCCGUGUGGCUCUAACGCCAUAUGUACUGAAAGAAACGGUGCAGGUGCAUGCACCUGCAUCCCAGAUUACCAUGGAGACCCCUAUUCGGGCUGUAGACCAGAAUGUGUGUCCAAUAACGAUUGCCCCCAUGAUAAGAGUUGUUUGGCCAUGAAAUGUAAAAACCCCUGUGCUGGAAGUUGUGGAAUAAACGCAGAGUGUACAGUUAUAAAUCACAAUCCCCAAUGCUAUUGUAUCCAAGGAUUUACAGGAAACGCGUUGGGUCAUUGUAGGGAAAUACCACAAAUCGAACCACCAAGAAGAAAUCCUUGUGUACCAUCACCUUGCGGUCCUUAUAGCGUAUGUCGAGUCCAAAACGAUAGACCAGUUUGCUCUUGUCUCGAAGGUUGCAUAAACGCCCCACCUUACUGUAGACCAGAAUGUAUGGUCAAUUCCGAAUGUCCCAGUGAUCUAGCCUGUCAAAAUAUGAGAUGCGUUGACCCAUGUAGAGGCACUUGUGGACACAACGCGCUAUGUAAAGCUGUCCUGCACAGUCCUAUAUGUAGUUGUCCUGUUGGUUUCAUCGGAGAUCCCUUCACUAGAUGCUUCAAAGAAGAAAGGCCACCUGUUAUUGUUAACCCGUGCGUGCCAUCCCCUUGUGGAUUGUUCUCUGAUUGUAGAGUGCUCAGUGAUAGAGCCGUAUGUUCUUGCCUGCCAAAUUACUUUGGUCGUCCGCCAAACUGUCGGCCAGAGUGUACCGUUAAUUCGGAGUGUUCUUCUAGUCAAUCUUGCGUUAACCAAAGAUGUGCUGACCCAUGCCCAGGGUCUUGCGGUAUAAAUGCCGAAUGUAGAGUAGUGAACCAUUCCCCUCAAUGUUACUGUGCCAACGAAUAUACUGGGGAUCCCUUCUCUGGAUGUCAUUACAUCCCUCCCGUGAUCGAAGAAACACCUCACCCAUGCAAUCCAUCACCAUGCGGCGCAAACGCGAUCUGUAAAGAACAGAAUGGCGCAGGAUCUUGUGCUUGCAUACCAGAUUAUUUCGGAGACCCGUACUCAGGCUGUAGACCAGAAUGCGUGACCAACUCAGAUUGUCCCAAAGAUAGAUCUUGUGUUAACCAAAAGUGUGCUGAUCCCUGUCCUGGGACGUGUGGAAUAAACAGUGAAUGUCAAGUAUUUAACCAUAUACCAACGUGUUACUGUCUACGAGGAUAUACGGGAGAUCCGUUUAGAACUUGUCAUGCAAUCGAUAUUUCUCCUCCACCAGUAGCACACAUAGAUCCAUGUAGACCUUCACCUUGUGGACCCUACAGUCAAUGUAGAUCGGUAGAAUCAAACGCCGUAUGUGCUUGUCUUAAAGAUCAUAUCGGAUCUCCACCUCUUUGUAGACCUGAAUGCACCGUGGCCAGCGAUUGUGGUCAAGAUAAGAUUUGUUUGAACCAAAGGUGCAAAGAUCCUUGUCCCGGUACUUGCGGAUAUAAUGCUAGAUGUCACGUAGUUAAUCAUAACCCAAUAUGUAGUUGUCCUGCUGGACAAACUGGUGAUCCUUUCGUCAGGUGUAUUAAAGAAGAAAGUAAGAUAAAUCAUUGUAAGAUAAGUCAAAGACCUAAUCUAGUAAUCUUUUUAGAAACUAUUGAACCAGUUAUAAACGAAAAUCCUUGCGUUCCUACUCCAUGUGGUCCUUACUCUCAAUGUAGAGUUGUUGGCACUCAAGCUGUAUGUUCUUGUUUACCAGGCUAUGUGGGCAGAGCCCCUAACUGUCGCCCUGAAUGCACCAUCAGUUCAGAAUGUCCCGGAAACUUAGCGUGUAUCAAUGAAAGGUGUAAAGACCCUUGUGUAGGCUCUUGCGGAUUUUAUGCUACUUGCGCUGUGGUAAAUCAUUCUCCAAAUUGUAUAUGUGAAGCUGGCUACACCGGAGAUCCCUUCGCAGGAUGCUCCCUUAUCAUAAUCGUAGAAGAAGAGAAGAACCCUUGCAAUCCUUCUCCAUGUGGAGCUAAUGCUGUUUGUAGAGAGCAAAACGGAGCAGGGUCAUGUACCUGUAUUCCUGACUAUUUUGGAGAUCCUUAUACAGGUUGUAGGCCAGAGUGCGUCACUAACGCAGAUUGCGCAAGAGAUAGAGCUUGUUUGGGUAUGAAAUGUAAGGACCCAUGCGUAGGAACGUGUGGAGUGAAUGCUGAGUGCAGAGUUGCAAACCACGCACCAUCUUGCUUCUGUGUAGAAGGAUACACUGGAAAUCCAACAACAGCCUGUCAUGUGAUACCACCUAUUGAAGUUCCUCGCACUCAGCCUUGUCAACCCUCACCCUGUGGACCUUACAGUCAAUGUAGAUCGAUAGAAGGCCAUUCUGUAUGCUCUUGUCUGCCAAAUUAUAUCGGUUCACCACCAACUUGUAGACCUGAAUGUAUGAUAAGUGCUGAUUGCUCGUUAGACAAGACUUGCAUCAACCAAAAAUGUCAAGAUCCAUGCCCGGGGACAUGUGGACUAAAUGCCAGAUGCCAAGUUAUAAACCAUAAUCCCAUAUGUAGUUGUCCUUAUAAUUAUGUUGGGGAUCCAUUCAUAAGAUGCGUUCUAGAAGAAAGGCCUCCAGUAGUAGUACCAGAAAACCCUUGUCAACCAUCACCUUGUGGUACCAACUCCCAGUGCAGAGUCAUAGGUAAUACACCAGCAUGUUCUUGUUUAGCUGGUUAUAUCGGUCGUCCACCCAACUGCAGACCAGAAUGUGUAAUAAACGCUGAUUGUUCAGGAAAUUUGGCUUGUCAAAGAGAAAAAUGCGCUGACCCUUGCCCAGGAUCUUGUGGUGGCAACACUGAUUGCUUGGUUAUUAGCCACAGACCUGUUUGUACUUGUAAAAUCGGAUUCACUGGUGAUCCUUUCUCUGGAUGUAACCUCAUUCCAAUCGUUACUCCCACACCAGAACCGCAUAAUCCAUGUAAUCCCUCACCAUGUGGUGCCAAUGCUGAAUGUAGAGAACAACACGGUGCAGGCGCUUGUAUUUGUUUACCAGAAUAUGUCGGGGAUCCUUAUACAGGAUGUAGGCCUGAGUGUGUUACCAAUACUGAUUGCGCAAGUGAUAGAUCAUGUUUAAACAACAAAUGUAAAGAUCCUUGUCCCGGUACCUGUGGAAUUAAUGCGGAAUGCCAUGUAAUCAAUCACUCGCCAUCCUGUUCUUGCCUUCCCGGAUAUACUGGCAAUCCAUUGACUUCUUGUAGGGAACCUCCAAAGAUUGAAAUACCUAAAAAUCCUUGUCAUCCAUCACCUUGUGGUCCAUAUAGUGAAUGCCGCGAAGUAGACGGUCACGCAGUAUGUUCUUGUCAGGCUAACUACAUCGGUACACCUCCUGCAUGUAGACCUGAAUGCAUGGUUAGCUCAGAAUGCGCACAAAACAGAGCAUGUAUCAAACAAAAGUGUAGAGACCCCUGCCCAGGAACCUGCGGCUUAAAUGCCAAAUGUCAAGUUAUCAAUCACAACCCAAUAUGUAGCUGUCCUCCACGGUAUACUGGAGAUCCUUUCCUUAGAUGUAUCUUAGAAGAAAAAACGGCUGUUGAAGAACCUAGUGGUAACCCUUGCGUACCUUCACCUUGCGGUUCUAACUCUCAAUGUAGAGUAAUAGGAUCUCAAGCGGUAUGCUCUUGCUUGCCAAACUACCUUGGCAGACCUCCAAACUGCCGACCAGAAUGUCUUAUAAACGAAGAAUGCCCCGGGAACCUUGCAUGCCAAAACGAGAGAUGUACAGAUCCCUGCCCUGGGUCUUGUGGUUCUUUUACUUCUUGUACUACUAUUAAACACACACCUAUCUGCGAAUGUUUUACUGGUUAUACAGGGGAUCCUUUCAGAGGAUGUGUUCUACUACCUCCACCUACUAUUACCGAAAGCCCUCGAAACCCUUGCAACCCUUCACCUUGUGGAGCAAACGCUGUAUGUAAAGAAAGAAAUGGAGCAGGGUCUUGUAGUUGCCUUCCAGAAUACUUUGGCGACCCAUACAGAGGUUGUAGACCCGAAUGCGUGACUAACUCAGAAUGUGAUCGUAGCAGAGCCUGCGUUAAUAAUAAGUGUAUUGACCCUUGUCCUGGAAGAUGCGGAAUCAACUCUGAAUGUAGAGUUAUCAACCACGUUCCGUCUUGUAUUUGUAUCACAGGCUACACAGGCGAUCCGGCUAGUAGAUGCAACCUUAUUCCGCCUGUUACUCCUAAACCGACUCAACCGUGCCAGCCUUCACCUUGUGGCCCAAAUAGUCAAUGUAGAGAAAUAAACGGCCACGCUGUAUGCUCUUGUAUUACUGGUUAUAUAGGCUCUCCCCCAAUGUGUAGACCAGAAUGUAUAGGCAGCUCUGAAUGCGCCCAAGAUAAAGCCUGUAUUAAUCAAAAUUGUGUGGACCCUUGUCCCGGUACUUGCGGAAUCAAUGCUCAAUGUAGAGUAGUAACUCACAACCCCAUAUGUGUAUGUUCCUCUGGUUAUACUGGCGAUCCGUUUACAUCCUGCUCCAGAAUACAAAUAACUACGCCUAAAGACAUAGAGAACCCAUGCGUACCAUCUCCCUGCGGCGCGAACUCCCAAUGUAGGGUAGUUGGUACCCAGCCUGCAUGCUCUUGUAUACCAAACUUUAUCGGUCGACCUCCCAACUGUCGCCCAGAAUGUGUUAAUGACUUGGAAUGUGCUAAUAAUUUGGCAUGUAGAAACGAAAAAUGUAUAAACCCUUGUCAAGGUUUCUGUGGCCUUAAUGCCCUAUGUACUGUUGUCUCGCAUGUACCUGUUUGCUCUUGCCUGCCUGGAUACCAAGGAGAUGCUUUAUCUUCUUGUACUAUCACACCUUUGACUACAGAACGUACUCCACCUCCAACGCCAUGCACUCCUUCUCCAUGUGGACCAAAUGCGGAAUGCCGUGAGAAAAAUGGAGCUGGAGCUUGUUUGUGUCUUCCAGGUUUCCAUGGAGAUCCAUACGAAAGCACUCGAGGUUGUCACAGAGAAUGUGAAGUCAAUGACGACUGUAAAUCUCACCUGGCUUGCAUCGCAUUCAAGUGCGUUGAUCCUUGUCCGGGUACCUGCGGAACUUUAGCAGAAUGUAGAGUCAAUAACCACAUCCCAACAUGUACUUGCCUACCAGGUUUUACCGGAGACGCUUUCUUCCAAUGUAAAGAAGUCAGGAUAAUUCCUCCAGAAAAUAAAAAUCCUUGCCAACCAACACCUUGUGGACCCAACAGCCAAUGUAGGGAACUUAACCAACAAGCAGUUUGCUCAUGCUUACCUAAUUACAUAGGAUCUCCACCAGAAUGUAGACCAGAAUGCGUGGUUAGCUCUGAAUGCCAACUUGAUAAGGCUUGCAUCAAUCAAAAAUGUAGUGACCCAUGUCCCAAUACGUGUGGAUUGGGAGCGCAAUGUACGACGAGGAAUCACAAUCCUAUUUGUGCUUGCCCACCAGGAUAUACGGGAGAUCCAUUCUUGAGAUGCAUUCCACAACCUAUCACGGUCGAGCCAGUAACAGAACGUCCAGCAUCUUGUUAUCCGUCUCCUUGUGGUCCCAAUUCGCAAUGUAGAAUACAAGAAAACACUCCAAUAUGUUCAUGUUUGCCAGACUAUCUAGGAUCCCCACCAGAGUGCAGACCAGAGUGCGUGAUAAGCACCGAAUGCGAGAGUCAACAUGCUUGUAUCAAUCAAAAAUGUAGAGACCCUUGCCCGGGUUCUUGUGGAGUUAACGCCCAAUGCCACGUCAUCAACCAUUUGCCAAUUUGUACUUGUGCUGAAGGCCAUACAGGUGAUCCUUUUACGCAGUGUAAUCUGAUACCGAGACAGACAGAAAAACCGAGACCUCUGGACCCAUGCAAUCCUUCACCUUGUGGUCCUAAUGCUGAAUGUAACAAUGGAAUAUGUACUUGUCUUUCUGAGUACAUCGGAAACCCGUAUGAGAGCUGUAGGCCAGAAUGUGUUCUUAGUUCAGAGUGUCCAAGAGAUAAGGCUUGUAUCAAGAACAAGUGCCGUGAUCCAUGUCCAGGAACGUGUGGUCAAAAUGCAAGAUGUGACGUCAUCAAUCACAUACCAGCUUGCUCCUGUCCUGAUACACUCACAGGAGAUCCAUUUACUUUGUGUAGAACAAUAGACGAGAUCAAACCAAGAAAAGACACUUGCAGUCCUUCACCAUGUGGACAAAACAGUCAAUGUAAAAUCAUCAACGAGGUUGCGGUUUGUUCAUGCUUGCAAGGCUACCAAGGAACUCCACCAUCAUGCAGACCGGAGUGUGUUGUAAGCUCUGAGUGUCCUCCUAACAGAGCUUGCGUUAACCAGAAAUGCAUUGAUCCAUGUCCAGGAUCUUGUGGACUAAACGCAGCCUGUGAAGUACGAAACUACAGUCCAAUUUGUAGUUGCAGAGAAGGAUACACUGGCGAUCCAUUCCAGAGCUGUAGAGUAAUCAUUAUUGAGCCGACACCUCCUACGCCAAUUGAUCCGUGCAGACCUUCUCCUUGUGGACCUAACUCUAUUUGUAGAGCUACAGGAGACAGUCCAUCAUGCAGCUGCGCUCAAGGGUACAUAGGUACACCUCCUAACUGCCGACCAGAAUGUGUUAUUAAUCCUGACUGUCCUAGUACUCAGGCUUGUGUCAACAACAAGUGCAAAGAUCCUUGUCCAGGCUCCUGUGGAGUAAACGCUGAAUGCGUAGUCAUUGCUCACACAGUCUCUUGUACGUGUAUAGCAGGCUUCACAGGCAACGCAUUCCUUCAAUGCGUACCUCAACCUGAAGAAAAACCGAAUCCUUGUGAACCUUCUCCUUGCGGACCAAAUGCAGAAUGUAGACAACGGAACGGAGCUGGUUCUUGUGUGUGUAUCCAAGAUUAUUUCGGAAAUCCCUAUGAAGGAUGCAAACCAGAAUGUGUAUUGAGUUCAGACUGUGCGACCAAUAGGGCUUGUAUCAGGAAUAAGUGUGUAGAUCCUUGUCCUGGAGUAUGUGGACAAAAUGCUGAAUGUUCUGCAAUUAACCAUGUUCCGACCUGUAGUUGCGUAGACAACUUUGUUGGAGAUCCAUUUGUGAACUGUCAUCCUGCUCCAACUCCACCAGAACCAACAGAAACUGAACAACCUUGUUCACCAAGUCCUUGCGGUCCCAACAGCCAAUGCAGAGAAGUAAACCACCAAGCUGUAUGUUCCUGUCUUCCCGAUUUCAUUGGCUCCCCUCCCAACUGCAAACCCGAAUGUGUUGUCAGCUCAGAGUGUCCACAAGAUAGAGCGUGCCAUAAAUUCAGAUGUGCCAACCCUUGUACCGGCUCUUGCGGUAUCAGUGCCAAUUGUCAAGUCAUCAAUCAUGCCCCCAUCUGUAGUUGUAAGGCUGGCUUCACCGGAGAUCCAUUUACUAGAUGUUACGAAAUCCCUCCUACACCUCCCAAACCAAAACCAGUCGAAAAUCCCUGCAUACAAUCACCAUGUGGACCAAAUUCUGAAUGUAGAGUCGUUAACGAGCAAGCUUCUUGUAGUUGCCUACCAAACUACUUUGGAUCACCUCCAAAUUGUAGACCUGAAUGUUUGGUAAACACAGAUUGUGCUUCCAACUUGGCUUGUAUUACUGAAAAGUGUAGAGACCCAUGCAUAGGUUCCUGUGGAUUUAACGCUGAAUGUAGAGUCCAGAAUCACAUCCCCAUAUGUAGCUGCUUACCAGAUUUUACAGGAGACUCAUUUUCCGAAUGUACUAGGAUCAUACCGACACCAAAACCAAAACCUGCUGAUCCAUGCAACCCAUCUCCUUGUGGCCAAAAUGCUGAGUGUAACAAUGGAAUUUGUACCUGUGUAACUCUCUACAGAGGAGAUCCAUAUUUAGGAUGUAGACCAGAAUGCACCAUGAAUUCAGAUUGUAGCCCUAGACAAGCUUGCAGCAACUUGAAGUGUAUUGAUCCUUGUCCGGGUACUUGCGGACAGAAUGCUGUUUGUGACAUUGUCAAUCAUAUACCAACUUGUAGCUGUCCACCAGGCCAGGAAGGAGAUCCAUUUGUACAGUGCAGAACUAAGAGAAUAGAAAUACCAAUCAAUCCUUGCCAACCUUCUCCAUGCGGUCCAAACAGCGUGUGCAGAGUUAACAAUGGUGUAGCUGUAUGCUCAUGCCAACCAGGUCUCAUAGGAAGCCCUCCGUCUUGCCGACCAGAAUGUGUCAUUAGCGCUGAAUGUCCUUUGAAUCAAGCUUGCUUGAACCAGAAAUGUGUGGACCCUUGUCCUGGAACUUGCGGAAUCAGCGCCAAAUGCCAAGUUAUCAACCACAACCCCAUCUGUAGCUGUAUCCAAGGAAAUACUGGAGAUCCGUUUGUACGGUGCUAUCCGGAACAAAAAGAGAAACCAGUGCCGUUAAAUCCGUGCGAUCCGAGCCCGUGCGGCCCGAACUCGGUCUGCCAAGUCCGCGGGGAAAGCCCGGCGUGCUCGUGUCUCGAGAACUACAUCGGCUCCGCGCCGAACUGCCGACCCGAAUGUACGAUAAAUCCCGAAUGUUCGCGAACGCUCGCCUGUAUCAACCAGAAGUGUCGCGAUCCGUGUCCCGGUAGUUGCGGGUCUAACGCGUUGUGCAGUGUCAUCAACCACAAUCCAACUUGUACGUGUGUCAAUGGUUUCACUGGGGAUCCAUUCCAGGGCUGUGUUCCAGCGCCAGCCAUCAUACCUCGUCCUGAAACAAUAAAUCCCUGCGUACCAUCACCGUGUGGUACCAACGCUAUCUGUAGGGAAAGAAAUGGAGUUGGUUCAUGCCUUUGUCCCCCCGAUUAUCUUGGAAAUCCCUAUGAAGCCUGUAGACCUGAAUGCGUCCAAAGCUCGGAAUGCCCCUCCAAUAAAGCUUGCGUCAGGAACAAAUGUCUUGACCCCUGUCCUGGUACCUGCGGUCAAAAUGCCCUAUGUCAAGUCAUUAACCAUAGCCCCAGUUGUAGAUGCUUCGAAGAAUACACCGGAGAUCCAUUUACCAACUGCGUUCUGCUGACAAGACAACCAACUGAAGUAAAACAACCUUGCCAACCUUCCCCCUGUGGACCCAAUAGUCAGUGUAAGGAAGUCAACGACCAAGCAGUGUGCUCUUGUUUGCCAAACUAUAUUGGUUCCCCACCAGGAUGUCGACCAGAAUGUUUGGUGAGCUCAGAAUGUCCAGCAAAUCAAGCCUGCAUUAAUCAAAAAUGUGCUGACCCAUGUAUUGGAACCUGCGGAUUGAACACCAAAUGCCAAGUUAUCAACCACAGUCCAAUAUGUAGCUGUCAGACUAGCUAUUUAGGAGAUCCCUUCACAAGAUGUUAUCCUCCUCCUCCUCCGGUAGUUACUGAAAUUACAACUGUAGUACAUCCAUGCACUCCAUCACCUUGUGGUCCAAACUCCCAAUGUAGAGAAAUCAGUAACUUACCUUCAUGUUCCUGUCUACCAGAGUUUAUAGGUGCUCCUCCAAACUGCAGACCAGAAUGUAGCAUUCAUUCCGAAUGCUCCAGCAAUUUGGCUUGUAUAAGACGAAAGUGCAUUGAUCCUUGUCCUGGUGCCUGUGGUCUUAACGCAGUCUGCAACGUUUUCAAUUACCACGCAACAUGUUCCUGCCCAUCUGAUAUGACUGGAGAUCCAUUCAACAAUUGCUUCCCUAAACCUCCUGAACCUGUACCUGCAGUUACAGUCAAUGAUCCUUGUAAUCCUUCACCUUGUGGAGCCAAUGCACUAUGCGAAGGAAACGGAAGGUGCGCUUGCAUCCAGGAUUACCAAGGUGAUCCUUACAGAGGUUGCAGACCAGAGUGUGUUGUGAAUAAUGAUUGUCCAAGGGAAAGAUCUUGUAUCAGGAGGAAAUGCGUGGACCCUUGUAUUGGAACCUGUGCUAGCACUGGAAUUUGUCAAGUCAUUAAUCAUAUUCCAAUGUGCAGUUGUCCACCAGGAUCUACUGGAAAUGCCUUCGUAGCUUGCCGUACGAUUGAAAUUCCUCAAAACUUAAAUCCAUGCAACCCUACACCAUGUGGUCCUAACAGUCAAUGUAGAGAAAUCAAUCAACAAGCUGUAUGCUCUUGUUUACCUGGAUAUGUAGGAUCACCACCUAUCUGUAGACCAGAAUGUGUUUCCAGCUCAGAAUGUAGCCUAUUGAAUGCUUGUAUUAAUCAGAAAUGUGUUGACCCAUGUCCAGGGACAUGUGGUAUAGGUGCCAAAUGUCAAGUUAUCAACCAUAACCCGAUAUGUACUUGCCCAGGUGAUUUCAUCGGUGAUCCGUUUACAAGGUGUUUCCCAAAACCAAUAGAAGCUGUUGUUCCAACCAACCCAUGCCAACCUUCCCCUUGUGGACCAAAUUCAGAAUGUCGUGAAAUAAACGAUUCACCAUCUUGUUCUUGUAAACCAGAAUUUAGAGGUACCCCACCCAACUGCAAACCUGAAUGUAUCAGCAGUAGCGAAUGCCCAACAAAUUUAGCCUGUAUCAAUCAAAAAUGUAAGAACCCCUGUGAAGGUAUCUGUGGCAUCAAUGCCGAGUGUCGCGUAGUCAGUCAUAUUCCCAACUGCGUCUGUUUGGCUGGUUUUGAAGGAGAUCCAUUCAGUCAAUGUUCUGAGAUAAGAUUGCAAAUCACAGAGAUCCUAAAUCCAUGCAAUCCGACACCUUGCGGACUCAACGCUGAAUGCAGAGAGAGGAACGGAGCUGGAGCAUGUGUCUGCUUGCCUGAUUUUACUGGAAAUCCUUACGAAGGUUGCAGGCCAGAGUGUCUGAUCAAUUCUGAUUGUGCUUCAAAUAGGGCUUGCCUUAGAAACAAAUGUAUUGAUCCUUGUCCAGGUACUUGUGCCUCAAACGCCUUCUGCAAUGUUAUAAAUCACCUUCCAACUUGUACUUGCAACCAAGGAUAUUCAGGAGAUCCUUUCAGAUUCUGCAGCUUAAUUCCAGAAAGUAAGAAAUCUACCAUCUUAUGUUUUAACAAAGCGCUAUAUAAAUAUCUUAUUUUAGCUACUGUAGUUGUACCAUCCAACCCGUGCCAACCAUCUCCUUGUGGACCAAAUAGUCAAUGUAGGGAAGUUAACAGUCAAGCUGUCUGUUCUUGCUUGCCAGAGUAUUCUGGUAGUCCUCCAAAUUGUAGACCAGAAUGUACGAUCAGUUCAGAAUGUCCUCAAGAUAAGGCUUGCUUGAAUAAAAAGUGUGUUGACCCUUGUCCUGGAACAUGUGGUUUAAAUUCCAGUUGUAGAGUCAUUAACCACAGUCCACUAUGUAGUUGUAAGUCAGGAUUUACUGGAGAUCCAUUUACUAGAUGUUAUGUUGUUGAACCUAAUAUAGACAUCAUUCCUGAAGUAAUAAAUCCCUGUGUUCCUUCACCUUGUGGUCCAUACAGCAACUGUAGAGAAAUAAAUAAUCUCCCAUCAUGCUCUUGUUCAACUGGAUAUAUCGGUACCCCACCAAACUGUAGACCAGAAUGCUUACUAAACUCAGAAUGUGCCAGCAACCUGGCUUGUAUUAAAGAAAAGUGCAGGGAUCCAUGCUCAGGAUCAUGUGGUAGCGGAGCUCUUUGCAAUGUUAUUAAUCAUACUCCAAUAUGUACAUGUCCUGAAGGCUUCACCGGAGAUCCAUUUACUUAUUGCCAAAUAAAACCAACUAGUGUAACAGUGGUUGAGACUGAUCCAUGCAAUCCGACCCCUUGUGGUCCAAAUGCUGAAUGUAAUAAUGGUAUAUGCACUUGUAUUCCUGAAUACCACGGAGAUCCUUAUAGUGGUUGUAGACCUGAAUGUACAUUAAGCCAAGAUUGUCCUAGAGACAGAGCCUGCGUCAGGAAUAAAUGUGUAGAUCCAUGUAUAGGAACCUGUGGAAGCAACGCUGUUUGUUCAGUCGUAAAUCAUAUUCCAACAUGCUCAUGUUCUGAGGGAUACGAAGGCAAUGCCUUUACGAUAUGUCAAAUCAUCAGAGUCGAAGUUCCAAAGAAUCCCUGCAACCCAACACCAUGUGGUCCAAAUAGUCAAUGUAGGGAAAUUAAUGGGCAAUCUGUUUGUUCCUGUGUUCCCGGAUUUUUAGGUACACCUCCAUCUUGUAGACCAGAAUGCGUAACUAGCUCAGAAUGUCUUCUAACUCAGGCUUGUGUUAAUCAGAAAUGUAUAGAACCCUGUGCUGGUACUUGUGGUAUCAAUGCUCUUUGCCAAGUAAGAAACCACAACCCGAUUUGUAGUUGUCCAAGUGGAUAUUCUGGUGAUCCAUUUACUAGAUGUACAAUUAUAGUUAUUGAACCGGAUGUUUUUGAACAAGAAAAUCCUUGUCAGCCUUCACCUUGUGGUGCCAAUGCUGAAUGUAGAGUACAUGCAAAUUCACCUUCACCGUCUUGCUCUUGUCUGCCAGAAUUCAUAGGAACUCCACCAAACUGUAGACCUGAAUGUAUCAGCAGCUCCGAAUGUUCCAAUCACUUAGCCUGUAUAAACAGAAAAUGCAAAGAUCCUUGCGUAGGAGUAUGUGGCCAAAACGCCGAAUGUAGAGUUGUCAGCCACACACCCAACUGUAUUUGUAGUCCUGGCUAUUACGGAGAUCCCUUCACUCUUUGCAGCGUUCAACAAGCUGUGGAAAUUCUUAAUCCUUGUGAACCUUCUCCAUGUGGUUCUAACGCUGUCUGCAAAGAACGGAAUGGUGCUGGAUCUUGUGUAUGUCUACAAGAUUACUUCGGAGAUCCAUACAAAGGAUGUAGACCUGAGUGCUCCAUCAGCUCAGACUGUCCUUCGAAUAGAGCGUGUGUUAAUAGUAGAUGUAAGGACCCCUGUCCGGGUACAUGUGCACCCAAUGCUGAAUGCCAAGUUAUCAAUCAUCUACCAUCAUGUAACUGUCCCUCUGGGUUUACAGGAGAUCCAUACCAAUUCUGUCACGUAAUACAAAUAAUUGAAGUAGAAACUCCAAAACAACCGUGCAAACCUUCCCCUUGUGGACCAAACAGUCAAUGUCGGGAAGUCAACAGUCAAGCAGUAUGUUCUUGUCUACCAAAUUACAUAGGAGCUCCUCCAGGCUGCAGACCAGAAUGUACAGUCAGCUCAGAAUGUACAUCUGAUAAAGCAUGUCAGAAUCAGAAAUGUGUUGAUCCAUGUCCAGGUACCUGUGGUCUUAAUGCUAGGUGUUUGGUCAUUCACCAUGCUCCCAUAUGUAGUUGUUUGUCAGAAUUCACAGGAGAUCCAUUUACAAGAUGUUACUCCUUACCACCACCAGUUGCAGUCAUAGAACCUGAGAUAAUCAAUCCAUGUGUCCCUUCACCAUGCGGACCCAACUCAGAAUGUAAACAGAUAGGAUCUUCUCCAGCUUGUUCAUGUCUACCAAACUUUAUGGGUAGUCCUCCUAACUGUAGACCAGAAUGUAGCGUAAACUCAGAUUGUACCAGCAAUUUUGCUUGCAUAAACCAGAAAUGCAAAGACCCUUGUCCUGGGUCUUGUGGACAAGACGCUAGAUGUACUGUGUUUAGUCAUACUCCAAUUUGUAAUUGUCCAGAAGGGUAUUCUGGGGAUCCAUUCAGUUAUUGCAGAAUUCUACCACCUACAACUCCCCAACCUGUAGUUGAUCCUUGCAGUAACUCACCCUGUGGAUCAAAUGCUGAAUGUCGCAACGGUGUGUGCACUUGUUUACCAGAAUACCAUGGUGAUCCUUACAGAGGUUGCAGACCUGAGUGCGUACUACACACAGACUGUCCAAGAGAUAAAACUUGUAUAAGGAAUAAAUGCAGAGACCCUUGUCCUGGCACCUGCGGACAAAACGCUGAAUGCACUGUCAUCAACCAUAUCCCAACUUGUUCUUGCAUUGCAGGAUACACUGGAAGUGCGUUUAUACAAUGUAACCCCAUACCAGUUGAACUGCCCAAGAACCCUUGCAACCCAACACCUUGUGGUCCAAACAGCCAAUGUAGGGAAAUAAAUCAACAAGCUGUCUGUUCUUGCGUGCCAGGUUUUAUCGGAUCCCCACCAACUUGUAGACCUGAGUGCGUAUCAAGCACAGAGUGUUCUUUGAACGAAGCUUGUGUUAAUCAAAAGUGUAUUGAUCCAUGCCCAGGUACUUGUGGAAUAAACACUCAGUGUCAAGUCGUAAACCAUAACCCAAUUUGCAGUUGCAAGGAACGAUUUAGUGGAGAUCCUUUCACCAGAUGCUUUUUGAUAAUUGAAGAACCAGUUGUUGUUCCUACAAAUCCAUGCCAGCCGUCUCCUUGUGGUGCAAAUUCUGAAUGUAGACCAGUCGGAGAUUCUCCAUCAUGUACUUGCUUGCCAGACUUUUUAGGCUCUCCUCCAAAUUGUAGGCCAGAAUGUAUCAGUAACUCAGAAUGUGCUAAUCAUUUAGCAUGUAUCAACCAGAAGUGUAAAGACCCUUGCGUUGGCGUUUGUGGUUCAAAUGCCGAAUGUAGAGCCAUAAGUCAUACUCCAAAUUGUCUGUGUCCUGCUGGAAUGACAGGAGAUCCCUUCAGCCAAUGUUUACCUCAGCCACAAAUCAUACCUACUGAAAUUCUAUCUCCAUGUUCUCCAUCUCCGUGUGGAGCCAAUGCGGUUUGUAGACAACAAAAUGGCGCUGGAUCGUGUUCUUGCUUACCAGAAUACAUAGGCAAUCCCUACGAAGGAUGCAGACCAGAAUGUUCCCUAAACUCAGAUUGUCCUUAUGACAAAACAUGUGUCAGAAAUAAGUGUAUCGAUCCCUGUCCUGGUACUUGUGGACAGAACAGCGACUGUCAAGUAGUUAACCAUUUAGCAUCUUGUACAUGUAGAAUUGGCUAUACUGGUGAUCCGUUUAGAUUCUGUCGAGUAUUACCACCAGAACCUGUAGUAGAAGAACGUCCACAAAACCCUUGUAGCCCUAGCCCUUGUGGUCCAAACAGUCAAUGCAAAAAUGUAAACAGUCAAGCUGUCUGUUCUUGUUUGCCCAAUUAUAUUGGAAGCCCACCUGGUUGUAGACCAGAGUGUACAGCAAGUGCUGAAUGUCCACAAAAUAAAGCUUGCAUCAACCAAAAAUGCGAAGACCCAUGCGCAGGUAACUGUGGGUUGAACACAGAUUGUAAAGUCAUAAACCAUAGUCCUAUAUGUAUAUGCAGAGGAGGUUAUACUGGUGAUCCAUUUUCUAGAUGUUAUCCUGCACCUCCUCCUGUCCCUGAACCAGUAAUACCAGUAAUUACGAAUCCAUGUGUACCAUCACCAUGUGGGCCAAAUAGCAUUUGUAGAGACUCUGGAAACUCACCAUCCUGCUUAUGUUUACCAAACUAUAUAGGAACUCCACCAAACUGCAGGCCUGAGUGCACGAUCAAUUCCGAAUGUGCUAGCAACUUGGCUUGCAUUAGACAAAAGUGCACUGAUCCCUGUCCUGGCUCAUGCGGAUCUGGUGCUGUAUGCAGUGUCACAAACCAUAAUCCCAUAUGUUCAUGUCCUGAAGGCUUCACUGGCGAUCCAUUCACCUAUUGCCAACUAAAACCAAAGGAAGUGACACCAGUAGUGACAGAUCCAUGCAAUCCUAGCCCUUGUGGAGCAAAUACACAAUGCAAUGACGGAGUAUGUUCUUGCUUACCUGAAUAUCAAGGUGAUCCUUACCAAGGAUGUAGACCUGAAUGUUUAUUGAAUAAUGAUUGUCCGAGAAAUAAGGCUUGUGUUAGAAACAAAUGUAUAGAUCCAUGUGUAGGUACUUGUGGACAAAACGCAGAAUGUGCUGUAAUUAAUCAUAUCCCUGUAUGUAGCUGUAGAGCUGGUUUUACAGGAAGUGCAUUCAUAUUAUGCAGUGAAAUAAUAAGUCUACCACCUGCUAAUCCAUGUUCUCCAAGUCCAUGUGGUCCAAACAGUCAAUGUAGAGAAAUUAACGGACAAGCAGUUUGUUCUUGUGUCCUAGGAUUUAUCGGUUCACCUCCAUCUUGUAGACCUGAAUGCGUGACUAGUUCGGAAUGUCCUCUAAAUGAAGCGUGUCAAAAUCAAAAAUGUGCCAAUCCAUGUCUUGGUAGCUGUGGUAUAGGUGCACUUUGUCAAGUUGUAAAUCAUAACCCCAUUUGUAGUUGUCCACCCAAAUACAGCGGUGAUCCAUUUACAAGAUGCCUGUUGAUACAAGAAGUAGUCGCACCUCCAAGCCAUCCGUGCUCUCCUUCACCUUGCGGCCCUCAUUCGCAAUGCAAGGAAAUAGGCGAUUCUCCAGCUUGCACCUGCUUAGAUGGUUUCCUCGGAUCCCCUCCAAACUGCAAACCAGAGUGCAUCAGCAAUUCUGAAUGUGCCAAUCACUUGGCUUGUAUCAACCAAAAGUGCAAAGACCCUUGUCCAGGAAUAUGUGGCCAAAAUGCUGAAUGUAGAGUAGUCAGUCAUACACCCAACUGUGUUUGUUUACCUGGGUAUCAAGGAGAUCCUUUCAGUUAUUGCAAUCUACCAAUACCAGUUCUGAACGAGGUUUUAUCACCUUGUAAUCCUUCACCUUGUGGUGCUAAUGCAGAAUGUAGAGAACAGAAUGGAGCAGGAUCUUGUGCGUGUCUUAGAGAUUAUUUGGGCAAUCCGUACGAAGGCUGUAGGCCUGAGUGUACUAUUAACUCAGAUUGCCCAUCUAAUAAGGCGUGUUCAAACAAUAAAUGCCGUGAUCCAUGUCCAGGGACGUGUGGACCAAAUGCUCUUUGCCAAGUCAUCAGCCAUGUUCCAUCUUGUACCUGUAAUAUCGGAUACACUGGUGAUCCUUUCAGAUUCUGCUCUUUGAUUCCUAACAAACCUGUUAUUGAAGAACCGUCAAAUCCUUGCCAAAACUCCCCUUGUGGACCGAACAGCCAAUGUCGUGAAGUAAACAAACAAGCAGUAUGCUCUUGUUUGCCAGAAUAUUCUGGUAGUCCUCCAAACUGUAGACCGGAAUGUGUAGUUAGUACAGAAUGUCCUCAAAAUAGAGCUUGUAUAAACCAAAAAUGUGCUGAUCCUUGUCCGGGCACCUGUGGAAUAGGAGCUUCAUGCCAAACUAUCAACCACAGUCCUAUAUGUUCUUGCAGGAACGGUAAUACUGGUAAUCCAUUCACCAGAUGCUAUCCGCUACCACCUCCACCACCCGAAACAGUUGAAGUGAAGAAUCCUUGUGUUCCGUCUCCAUGUGGUCCAAACAGUCAGUGUAGAGAAAUAGGAUCUACCCCAUCUUGCUCUUGUCUGCCCGAUUUCAUCGGUAGUCCACCUAACUGCAGACCUGAGUGUACCAUCAACUCAGAAUGUGGUAGCAACUUGGCCUGUAUCAACCAGAAAUGUAAAGACCCUUGUGUAGGAGCAUGUGCCAUAAACGGCUUGUGUAAUGUCAUAAAUCAUGUACCUACGUGUACCUGUCCAGAUGGAUAUACAGGAGAUCCGUUUAAUAAUUGUGUCCUAAAACCUAUUAUACAGCCCACAGUCGAACAAGAUCCUUGCAACCCCAGUCCCUGUGGACCGAAUGCUGAAUGCAAUAACGGUAUUUGUAGUUGUAUAGUCGAUUACCAAGGAGACCCUUACAGAGGAUGUAGACCUGAAUGUAUACUAAACACAGAUUGUCCCAGGAAUAAAGCUUGCAUACGACAAAAGUGUAAGGACCCAUGUCCUGGUACGUGUGGACAAAAUGCUGAAUGUUCCAUUUUCAACCAUAUUCCAGUAUGUUCUUGUAUUCCUGGAUAUACAGGAAAUGCUUUUGUAUUAUGUAAUCGAGUAAUAGAAGUCCGACCUAUCACCAACCCAUGCCAACCUUCACCAUGUGGUCCAAAUAGCGAAUGCAGAGAAAUCAAUCAACAAGCAGUGUGUUCUUGUAUAAUUGGGUACAAAGGAUCUCCUCCCACUUGCCGACCAGAAUGUAUAUCUAGUCCAGAAUGUCCACUCAACGAAGCUUGUGUUAAUCAGAAGUGCAUUGAUCCAUGUCCUGGUACUUGUGGUUUGAACGCGAAAUGUCAAACUGUCAAUCAUAAUCCUAUUUGUAGUUGCCCUCCUCGACAUACCGGUGAUCCGUUUACAAGAUGUCUCCUCUUUGUUGUAGAGCCUGUCGAAGUUCCGACCAAUCCUUGCCAACCAUCUCCGUGUGGCCUUAAUGCUGAAUGUAGAGAAAUUAACGGUUCCCCAUCGUGUUCCUGCUUGCCGGAAUAUCUUGGGGUACCUCCAAACUGUAGACCGGAAUGUACCAGUAACAUGGAAUGCGCCAGCAACCUAGCAUGUAUAAACAGGAAAUGUGUUAAUCCUUGCUCCGGAAUGUGUGGACAGAAUGCAGAGUGCCGUGUUGUCAGCCAUACGCCAAUAUGUGUUUGUGCUCAAGGCUUUACUGGAGACGCCUUUAUAUCUUGUCACAUAGUUCAAGUAGAAACCCCAAUAGAAAAUAUUUCACCAUGUACACCGGGACCUUGUGGAUCAAACGCGAUAUGCACAGCACGGAAUACAGUAGGUUCUUGUACAUGUAUGGAUCAAUACAUAGGAAACGCUUAUGAAGGCUGCAGGCCGGAAUGUUCCUUGAACACGGAUUGUCCACCAAAUAAAGCAUGUGUCAGGAAUAAGUGUGUGGACCCUUGUCCGGGAACCUGUGGACAAAAUGCAAACUGCCAAGUGCUGCAACAUUUGCCGUCUUGUACUUGCGUACCUGGAUACCAAGGAGAUCCAUAUAAUUUCUGCAGUAUACAGCCUGUAGAAAUUCCUAAACCACAAAACCCAUGCCAACCAUCACCAUGUGGCCCCAAUAGUCAAUGUCGUGAAGUAAAUGGACAAUCGGUAUGCUCUUGCUUGCCCAACUAUAUUGGAACACCUCCAGGAUGUAGACCCGAAUGUACCAUAAGCUCUGAAUGUCCACAAGAUAAAGCUUGUAUAAAUCAGAAGUGUGGUGAUCCAUGUCCUGGCUCUUGUGGCCUAAAUACAAAGUGUCAAGUUAUCAAUCACAGUCCUAUCUGUACUUGCAUCCAAGGAUACAGUGGGGAUCCAUUUGCUAGAUGCCUACCAAUACCAACUCCUCCUAUAAACGUCCCACUAGAUCCAGUACGCGACCCAUGCGUUCCAACGCCUUGUGGAUCAAACUCAAUAUGUAGAAAUUUGGGUAAUAUGCCAUCUUGCUCUUGUAUAGCGGGAUAUAUGGGAAGUCCACCAAAUUGUAGACCUGAAUGUUCCAAUAACUUCGAAUGUGCUAGCAACUUAGCCUGUAUCAGAGAAAAAUGUGUUGACCCAUGUCCAGGAUCCUGUGGAGCUUUGGCUCAAUGCUCCGUUAUAAAUCACACUCCUACAUGUUCUUGUCCUGAUGGAUAUACUGGAGAUCCGUUCACGUAUUGUCAACUAAAACCACCUACAGUGGAACCAGUUGAGAAAGACCCAUGCAAUCCAUCGCCAUGUGGAGUAAAUGCUGAUUGUAGUGCUGGUGUCUGUACUUGCAGACCCGAAUACCAAGGUGAUCCUUAUAGAGAAUGUCGACCUGAAUGUGUCCUGAACAACGAUUGUCCAAGGGAUAAGGCUUGCUCUCGAAAUAAAUGCAUCGACCCAUGUGUUGGUACUUGUGGACAAAACGCAGAGUGUGCUGUGAUUAAUCACAUACCUUCCUGUACAUGUUUGCGAGGAUAUAGAGGAAAUGCUUUUAUACACUGCCAAGAAAUUCCACCUGAGAUACCCAAAAACCCUUGCCAACCUACACCAUGCGGUCCAAACAGUCAAUGUAGAGAAAUCAAUGGACAAGCGGUAUGUUCUUGUGUUGUAGGCUAUCUGGGAAGUCCACCAAAUUGUAGACCGGAAUGCGCAGUUUCAACAGAAUGUCCUCUAAACCAAGCUUGUGUUAACCAAAAGUGUGUGGAUCCUUGUCCCGGUACUUGUGGUCUUAACUCUGAAUGUCACUUUGUUAAUCACAACCCAAUAUGUAGCUGCAUCAGAGGCUAUUCGGGUGAUCCAUUUACAAGAUGCUUAUUAAUUCCUCCUGAAGUACCAGUACAGAUAGAUCCUUGCAAUCCAUCACCAUGUGGUCCAAAUUCGCAAUGCAAACCUAUAGGCGACUCCCCGUCUUGUUCAUGUUUACCAGAAUUCACAGGUACUCCUCCAAAUUGUCGCCCAGAAUGUGUCAGUAACUCGGAAUGUGCCAGCCAUUUGGCCUGUAUCAACCAGAAAUGCCAAAAUCCAUGUUCCAACGGAGUUUGUGGUCAAAACGCAGAAUGCAGAGUUGUUAGUCAUACUCCUAACUGCAUCUGCAUCAACAAUUAUGUAGGCAAUCCGUUUGUCGUUUGCUCUCCUCCACAAAAACCACCAGUAAGAGAAAUAGUGACUCCAUGCUCCCCGUCUCCAUGUGGAUCAAACGCGCAAUGUAGAGAACAAAAUAACGCAGGAUCUUGUGUAUGCUUACCUGAUUUUAUAGGCAAUCCUUAUGAAGGCUGUAGACCAGAGUGUACACUAAACUCAGAUUGUCCCUCCAAUAAAGCAUGUAUCAAUAACAAGUGUAAGGACCCAUGUCCAGGUACCUGUGGGCAGAAUGCCAACUGUCAAGUUAUUAACCAUCUACCAUCUUGUACUUGUAUACCUGGAUAUACUGGUGAUCCAUUCAGAUACUGCAAUGUAGUUGUCGAUGUUGUUAUCGAGGAGCCUUCCAAUCCUUGCCAACCUUCUCCUUGUGGAGCUAAUGGUCAAUGUCGUGAAGUAAAUAAACAAGCAGUAUGUUCUUGUCUGCCAAACUACAUAGGAACUCCACCAGGCUGCAGACCCGAGUGCACAGUGAGCUCUGAAUGUGCUCAGAACAGAGCAUGCAUAAAUCAGAAAUGUGGUGACCCCUGUCCCGGAACUUGUGGUCUGAAUACCUUGUGUAACGUUAUCAACCAUAGUCCUAUUUGUAGCUGCAAGGUACAGUUCACAGGAGAUCCAUUUUCAAGAUGCUAUCCCAUUCCUCCUCCACCAGUCAUAACCAUCGAACAACCAACACCAAACCCGUGCGUUCCUUCUCCAUGCGGUCCAAACAGUCAGUGUAGAGAGAUAGGAUCUACCCCGUCUUGCUCUUGUUUGCCAAAUUACAUCGGUUCACCUCCAAACUGUAGACCAGAGUGUGUUAUCAACUCAGAAUGUUCCAGCAACCUAGCUUGCAUGAACCAAAAAUGUGCUGAUCCUUGUCCUGGGUCUUGCGGAUCCUUGGCUCAAUGUAAUGUCAUUAACCAUACUCCAACCUGUUCUUGUCCUGAGGGAUAUACAGGAGAUCCAUUCAGUUAUUGUCAACUCAAACCACUUAUUAUAGAGCCUGUUCAAGUUGACAAAUGUAACCCGUCACCAUGUGGACCAAAUGCUGGAUGUAAUGAAAGAAUAUGUACUUGUUUGCCAGAAUAUCAAGGUGAUCCUUACAUAGAAUGUCGACCAGAAUGCGUACUGAAUAAUGAUUGUCCUAAAAACAGAGCCUGUGUAAGAAACAAGUGCAAAGAUCCAUGUCCUGGUACUUGUGGACAAAACGCAGAAUGUUCUGUAAUCAACCACGUUGCUAUUUGCUCCUGUAUACCUGGAUACCAAGGCAAUGCUUUCGUUCUUUGCUCUAAGGCGAUAGUACCUCAAAACGUUAACCCAUGCAAUCCAACACCUUGCGGACCAAACAGUCAAUGUAGAGAAAUCAAUGAGCAAGCAGUAUGUUCGUGUGUUCCAGGAUUCAUAGGCUCUCCUCCAACCUGUAGGCCUGAAUGUGUUUCUAGUUCAGAAUGUGCUCUUAACAGAGCCUGUGUUAACCAGAAAUGUAUCGAUCCUUGUCCGGGGACUUGUGGAAUAAAUGCUCUGUGUCAAGUGGUAAACCACAAUCCAAUAUGUAGCUGCCAGGCAGGUCAAAGCGGAGAUCCAUUUACACGAUGUGUGACAAUCAGAGUGGAACCAGUAGAACAAGUCAAUCCAUGUCAACCAUCUCCUUGUGGACCUAAUUCCCAAUGCCGUGACAUCAGCGGUUCGCCAUCUUGUUCUUGUUUGCCCGAAUUUACCGGUACCCCGCCCAACUGUCGCCCCGAAUGCGUCAGUAACUCAGAAUGUGCCUCUAACUUAGCCUGCAUCAAUAAAAAAUGCAAAGACCCAUGCCCAAAUAUUUGCGGGUCUAACGCUGAAUGUAGAGUGGUUAGCCACACACCAAAUUGCGUAUGCGCGGCAGGAUAUAUAGGCAACCCGUUUUUCAGUUGCGAUUUACCACCAUCUCCGCCCAAAGAGAAACCCUCCCCGUGCCACCCCUCACCGUGUGGUGCCAAUGCCGAAUGUAGGGAACAAAACGGCGCAGGAGCAUGUAUCUGCUUAUCCGACUAUAUAGGCAACCCCUACGAAGGCUGUAGACCCGAAUGUGUUCUGAGCUCAGAUUGUCCCUCGAACAGAGCUUGUAUGAGAAAUAAGUGCCAAGAUCCUUGCCCUGGAACCUGUGGCCAAAACGCCAAUUGCCAAGUUGUGAAUCAUUUGCCUUCUUGUACCUGCAUACCUGGAUAUUCUGGGGAUCCUUUCAACUAUUGUACUGUGAUAAUAGAGAAAAUAACUCCAAUAGAAGAAGCCAAUCCUUGCCAGCCAUCACCUUGCGGUCCCAACAGUCAAUGCAAAGAAGUAAACAAACAAGCAGUGUGUUCUUGUCUACCAAAUUACAUCGGUAGCCCACCAGGUUGCAGACCAGAAUGUACAGUGAGCUCGGAAUGUGCUCAGAACAGAGCUUGCAUUAACCAAAAGUGCUCAGAUCCUUGUCCCGGAGCUUGUGGAUUGAAUGCUAAGUGCAAUGUUAUCAACCACAGCCCUAUUUGUAGUUGUGAGUCUAGAUUUAUAGGGGAUCCGUUUACCAGAUGCUAUCCCAUGCCUCCACCUGAACCUGCAGUAAUAAUACCAGAAAUAAGACAACCUUGCGUACCAAACCCGUGUGGACCUAAUUCUGAAUGUAGACCCAAUGGACAAGAUUAUAUAUGCCGAUGCUUGCCGAAUUACUUUGGUCAAGCACCUAACUGCAGACCAGAAUGCGCAGUGAACUCUGAUUGUUCACCCAAUGUAGCUUGUAUCAAUCAAAAAUGUGUCGAUCCUUGUCCUGGUUUGUGUGGAAUUCAAGCCUUUUGCAGUGUAAGAAACCACAUUCCUUCUUGCGUUUGUCCUGAGAGAUACUCCGGAGAUCCAUUCACUAGUUGUAUUCAACAACCUAUAAUUGACCUGAUAGAGGACGAUCCAUGCAAUCCAAGCCCUUGUGGUCCCAAUGCUAGAUGUAAUGAUGGUGUAUGUACAUGCUUACCAGAAUUCCAAGGAGAUCCAUAUGCAGGUUGUCGACCUGAAUGUGUUCUACAUACAGACUGUCCAAGAGAUAAGACUUGUAUAAGAAAUAAGUGCCAAGAUCCUUGUCCGGGCACUUGUGGGCAAAAUGCUGAGUGCACUGUUAUCAACCAUAUCCCUACAUGUUCUUGCGUUAGAGGAUUUACAGGAAAUGCUUUCGUAACGUGCAAUCCUAUUCCAGUUGAAUUACCUAAAAAUCCUUGCAAUCCAACACCUUGUGGUCCAAACAGCCAAUGUAGGGAAAUAAACAAUCAAGCCGUCUGCUCUUGCGUUCCUGGUUUUAUCGGAUCCCCACCAACUUGCAGACCUGAGUGCGUUUCCAGUUCUGAAUGUUCGCUAAAUCAAGCUUGCAUUAACCAGAAAUGUAUUGACCCAUGUCCUGGUACCUGUGGAAUUAACGCACUAUGCCAAGUAGUGAAUCACAAUCCUAUAUGUAGCUGUCAAGCCAGAUUCUCAGGAGAUCCAUUCGUUAGAUGUCUACCAAUAAGAGAAGAACCUGUUGUACCCACCAAUCCUUGUCAACCGUCACCCUGUGGUCCAAAUUCUCAAUGCAGAGCUAUUGGAGAUUCUCCAUCAUGUUCUUGUUUGCAAAAAUUCAUCGGAACGCCACCUAACUGUAGACCAGAAUGCAUUAGUAACUCAGAAUGUGCCUCCAAUUUGGCCUGCAUCAAUCAAAAAUGCAAAGACCCUUGUCCGGGAACUUGUGGUUCUAACGCUGAAUGUAGAGUUGUUAGUCAUUCACCCAAUUGCGUAUGUUUACCAGGCUUCGUUGGUGACCCAUUCUUCUCUUGCCAACAAAUCGUUCAACCAGUUCCUGUAGAAAGGCCAACUCCUUGCCUACCAUCUCCAUGUGGCGCUAACGCCGAAUGCACUGAAAGAAAUGGUGUAGGAGCUUGCAAAUGUCUACCUGACUACUUAGGAGAUCCUUAUGGAGGAUGCAGACCAGAGUGUAGUAUUAAUUCCGAUUGUCCUUCAAAUAAAGCCUGCGUAAACAACAAAUGUAAAGAUCCCUGUCCAGGAGUAUGUGGUCUGAAUGCUGUAUGCCAAGUAGUAAACCAUCUAGCUUCUUGUACUUGCCUGACUAGCUACCAGGGAGAUCCCUAUAAAUACUGCAAUCUCGUACAAUCUCGUAAGAAAUGUUUAUUUAAUAAUUCUUUAAAACUGCAACCUAAUAAUUGUAUCUUUUUAGUCAUAGAAGUUCCAACAAACCCUUGCCAACCAUCACCUUGUGGACCAAAUAGUCAAUGCCGCGAAGUAAAUGAACAGGCAGUAUGUUCUUGUUUGCCAAGUUAUAUAGGUACUCCACCAGGUUGUAGACCUGAAUGUACCGUAAGCUCUGAGUGUACUUCCGACAAAGCAUGCAUCAAUCAGAAAUGUGUGGAUCCAUGUCCAGGUACCUGUGGACUAAACGCCAACUGUCAAGUGAACAGACACAGUCCAAUAUGCAGCUGUCAGAACGGAUUCACUGGAGAUCCAUUUACUAGAUGUUAUCACAUACCUCCACCACCUCCUGAUGUUAUUGUACCUGAAAAUCCUUGUGUGCCUUCACCUUGUGGAGCUAAUAGUCAAUGUAGAGAUAUCGGAGGAGUACCUUCUUGCUCUUGCUUACCUGAAUACAUCGGCAGCCCUCCAUCAUGUAGACCAGAAUGUACUAUUAAUUCUGAAUGCUCGACCAAUCUUGCUUGUAUCAAUCAAAAGUGUAAAGACCCCUGUCCAGGUUCCUGUGGGUUCCAAGCUAUAUGUAACGUCAUCAAUCAUGUUCCUACUUGUACUUGUAUCGAAGGAUAUACUGGUGAUCCAUUUACCAGUUGUCAACCAAAACCAGUCGUGGUAGACGUAAUAGAAGAUCCAUGCAAUCCAAGUCCUUGUGGUCCAAAUGCGGAAUGUAAUAAUGGUAUUUGCACUUGUAUCCUAGAGUAUCAUGGAGACCCGUACUCAGGCUGUAGACCAGAAUGUUUGCUUAAUAAUGAUUGUCCAAGAAACAAAGCCUGCGUUAGGAAUAAGUGCAUAGAUCCUUGUCCGGGCACAUGUGGACAAAAUGCUGAAUGUGCCACCAUCAAUCAUAUACCCAGUUGUACGUGUGUACAAGGAUUUGAAGGCAAUGCUUUCAUUCUUUGUAAUCCUAUAUCAGUUAAAAUUCCGAAGAACCCAUGUAAUCCAUCUCCAUGCGGGCCAAAUAGUCAAUGUAGAGAGAUUAAUGAACAGGCAGUGUGUUCGUGUGUUCCAGGAUUUAUAGGCUCUCCUCCAACUUGUAGGCCUGAAUGUGUUUCUAGUUCAGAAUGUGCUUUAAAUAGAGCCUGCGUUAACCAGAAAUGUAUUGAUCCAUGUCCUGGCACCUGUGGAAUUAACGCAGUAUGCCAAGUUGUCAAUCAUAAUCCAAUCUGUAGCUGUCAGCCAGGUCAAAGUGGAGAUCCAUUUACAAGAUGUCUGCCAAUAAGAGAAGAACCAAACAUUCCUAAACAACCUUGCCAACCGUCCCCAUGCGGUCCGAACUCCCAAUGCCGUGAAGUUGGAGACGCCCCAUCUUGUUCUUGCCUACCUGAAUUCAUCGGUACUCCACCAAACUGUCGCCCUGAAUGCGUGAGCAACUCAGAAUGUGCUAGUAACUUAGCCUGCAUCAACCAAAAGUGCAAGGACCCAUGUCCAGGUUCCUGUGGACAGAACGCCGAAUGUAGAGUCGUUAGCCAUACGCCAAACUGUGUCUGCCUGGCUAAUUUCCAAGGAAACCCAUUCAUACAAUGUCUACCAAAGAUAGAACCAACUGUUAUUGAAAAACCUACACCAUGCAUACCUUCACCUUGUGGAAUUAAUGCUGAAUGCCGUGAACAAAACGGCGCUGGAGCUUGUAUCUGUAUAAGAGAUUACAUAGGUAAUCCUUACGAAGGAUGCAGACCAGAAUGUACGUUGAACUCAGAUUGUCCUUCCAACAAGGCUUGUAUUAACAACAAGUGCAAAGAUCCUUGUCCUGGAACAUGUGGCUUGAACGCUGAAUGCCAAGUUAUCAACCACCUACCAGCUUGCGUCUGCAUCACUGGAUUUACAGGAGACGCGUUUAAAAAUUGCAGAGUUGUUGAAAUAAUAGAAGAAAAUCCAAAUCCAUGUCAACCUAGUCCUUGUGGUCUAAAUAGCCAAUGUCGUGAAGUAAACAGUCAAGCUGUUUGCUCUUGCUUACCGGAAUAUACAGGAAGCCCACCAAAUUGUAGACCAGAAUGUACAGUUAGCUCGGAAUGUGCUCAUAAUAGAGCAUGCUUAAACCAGAAGUGUAUUGACCCCUGUCCCGGAACAUGUGGAUUAAACACCAAAUGCGAUGUUAUUAACCACAGCCCUAUAUGUAGUUGCCAAAACGGUCGCACUGGUGAUCCAUUCACCAGAUGCUACCCUAUACCACCUCCUGUACCAGAUAUAAUCGAAGUGAAAAAUCCUUGCGUACCUUCCCCAUGUGGACCAAACAGUCAAUGCCGUGAUGUAGGAGGAGCACCAUCUUGUUCUUGUCUUCCAGAUUACGUUGGACUUCCUCCAAAUUGUCUCCCAGAGUGUUCAGUACACUCAGAUUGUGCCAGCAACUUGGCCUGUAUCAGAUUGAAAUGUAGAGACCCAUGUUUAGGAGCUUGUGGAUCUGGCGCUGUUUGUAACGUUGUUAACCACAUUCCAGUAUGUCUUUGUCCAGAAGGCUUUACUGGAGAUCCAUUCAGCUAUUGUCAAAUUAAACCAACUGUGAUUGAACCUGUGGAAAGAGAUGCUUGUAACCCGUCACCUUGUGGGCCUAAUGCGGAAUGUAACAAUGGAAUAUGUACUUGCUUGCCAGAAUAUCAUGGUGAUCCUUAUAGGGAAUGUAGACCUGAAUGCGUUCUGAAUACUGAUUGCGCGAAGCAUUUGGCUUGUAUCAAUAAUAAGUGCCGUGAUCCAUGUCCUGGUACAUGUGGGCAGAAUGCCGAAUGUUCUGUAUACAAUCACAUUCCGACUUGUACAUGCAAUGUUGGUUUCAGAGGAAACGCUUUUGUACUAUGUCAGCCUAUACCAGAUGAAAUUCCAAAACAUCCAUGCAAUCCCACUCCAUGUGGUCCAAACAGUCAAUGCAGAGAAAUAAACGGUCAAGCCGUCUGUUCUUGCGUCCCUGGUUUUAUCGGAUCUCCACCAACUUGUAGACCUGAGUGUGUCACGAGCACAGAAUGUUCUCUAAACGAAGCUUGUGUUAACCAAAAAUGUAUUGAUCCAUGCCCAGGUACUUGUGGACUUAACACAAACUGCCAAGUGGUAAACCACAAUCCAAUUUGCGUUUGUCUACCAAGAUAUAGCGGAGAUCCUUUCACCAGGUGCUUACCAAUCAGAGAAGAGCCUGUAGAAACACCAAAUCCUUGUCUACCAUCACCAUGUGGUCCAAACGCACAAUGUAGAGAAGUUAACGGCUCGCCUUCAUGUUCUUGCUUACCAGAGUUCGUCGGUUCACCUCCAAACUGCAAACCAGAAUGCAUCAGUAACUCUGAGUGUGCCAAUCAUUUGGCUUGUAUCAACCAAAAGUGCAAAGACCCUUGUCCAGGAAUAUGUGGCCAAAACGCUGAAUGCAGAGUAGUCAGUCAUACACCUAACUGUGUAUGUCUUCAAGGCUUUGUCGGUGAUCCCUUCGGACGAUGCGAACUACCCCCACCUACCAAGAUUGAAACAGUACAUCCAUGUAUGCCAUCGCCUUGUGGUGCAAAUGCUGUUUGCAGAGAACUGAACAACGCAGGAUCAUGCACAUGUUUACCAGAAUACAUAGGAAAUCCUUACGAAGGCUGUAGACCAGAGUGUGUAUUGAAUUCUGAUUGUCCAUAUAACAGAGCUUGCGUUAGGCAAAAAUGUGUCGAUCCUUGUCCCGGAUCAUGCGGACAGAACUCGCAAUGCCAAGUAGUCAACCAUUUGCCUUCCUGUACUUGCUUACAGGGAUAUACUGGAGAUCCGUUUGUUUUCUGUAAUGUUAUUAGAGAACCCGUGCCUGUGGAGACAAAUCCUUGUCAACCAUCCCCUUGUGGACCUAACAGCCAAUGCAAAGAAGUGAAUAACCAAGCUGUGUGCUCUUGUUUACCAAACUACAUCGGUAGUCCACCAGGUUGUAGACCAGAAUGUACAGUAAGCUCAGAAUGUGCUCAGAACAGAGCUUGUAUCAACCAAAAAUGUGUUGACCCAUGUCCGGGCACAUGCGGCCUAAAUACCAACUGUGAUGUGGUUAAUCAUAGUCCGAUUUGCCGAUGUGCAAACGGCCAUACCGGUGAUCCGUUUACUAGAUGCUACCCUAUACCACCUCCAAUUGAAGUACCUGUGGAAAUACCUCACCCAUGCGAUCCAUCCCCAUGUGGUUCCCAUGCUAUUUGUCAAGACGUCAACGGUAUACCAUCUUGCUCUUGCAUAUCGGGUUAUUUAGGUGUUCCACCUAACUGUAGACCUGAGUGUACGAUCAACUCAGAAUGUCCCAGCAAUUUGGCUUGUAUAAGAGAAAAGUGUAGGGACCCAUGUCCAGGCUCUUGUGGAAUAGAAGCACAAUGUAGCGUUAUAAACCAUAUACCAAUAUGCACUUGCCUUGAAGGCUUCACGGGUGAUCCGUUCACCAGAUGUAACCAAAUUAUCGUGGUACCAAAUGUUGAACGAGAUCCAUGCAACCCAUCUCCUUGUGGUUCUAAUACUCUUUGUAACGACGGUAUAUGUACCUGUGUACCCGAAUACCAUGGUGACCCUUACCAAGGAUGUAGACCUGAAUGUUUAUUGAAUAAUGAUUGUCCCAAGAACCAAGCUUGCAUCAGGAGCAAAUGUGCUGAUCCUUGCCCUGGAACGUGUGGACAAAAUGCUCAAUGUAGUGUUAUUAAUCAUAUACCAUCAUGUUUCUGUGGAGAAGGACUUACCGGCAAUGCUUUCUUCUCGUGUUUACCAAUACCAGCUCCAGCACCAAAGAACCCCUGCAAUCCAACACCUUGUGGUCCAAACAGUCAAUGUAGGGAAAUAAACGGACAAGCGGUCUGUUCUUGCGUCCCUGGUUUUAUCGGAUCCCCACCAACUUGCAGACCUGAGUGCGUGUCAAGCACAGAAUGUUCUUUGAACGAAGCCUGUGUUAAUCAAAAAUGCAUUGAUCCAUGUCCGGGUACUUGUGGUCUCAAUACAAACUGCCAAGUGGUAAACCACAAUCCUAUUUGCGUUUGUUUGCCCAGAUAUAGCGGAGAUCCAUUCACUAGAUGUCUACCAGUCAGAGAAGAGCCUGUAGAAACACCAAAUCCUUGUUUACCAUCACCAUGUGGUCCAAAUGCACAAUGUAGGGAAGUUAACGGUUCACCUUCUUGCUCAUGUUUACCAGAAUUUAGGGGAUCACCACCCAACUGUAGACCUGAAUGUGUUAUCAAUACCGAUUGUCCAACGAAUCUGGCUUGUAUGAACCAAAAAUGUAGGGACCCAUGCCCUGGUGUUUGUGGAACCAACGCCGAAUGCAGAGUAAUAUCUCAUUCUCCCAACUGCGCUUGUUUACCAGGUUUCUCAGGAAAUGCCUUCAUACAAUGUUCCGUGAUCAUACCUCAACCACCUGAACCAAUAACACCAUGUAUACCAUCACCUUGUGGUGCAAAUGCUAUCUGCAAAGAAAGAAACAACGCUGGCUCAUGUGUCUGUUUACCGGAUUACUUAGGAAAUCCUUAUGAAGGAUGUCGACCUGAAUGUUCCGUGAACUCAGACUGUCCCUUCAACAAAGCUUGUAUCAACAACAAGUGCAAAGAUCCCUGUCCUGGAGUAUGUGGUCAAAAUGCCGAGUGCCAAGUUAUUAAACAUCUACCAUCUUGUACUUGCAUCAUAGGCUACAGUGGAGAUCCGUUUAGAUACUGCAGCGUUAUUAAAAUCGUUGACCCUGUCCCCGAAAAACCAUGCCAACCAUCUCCUUGCGGUCCAAACAGUCAAUGUCGUGAAGUUAAUGGACAAGCAGUUUGCUCUUGCUUGCCAGAAUAUACAGGUAGUCCACCGGGUUGUAGACCAGAAUGUACUGUUAGUACCGAAUGUGCUCAUAACAAAGCUUGCGUCAAUCAAAAAUGCGUUGAUCCAUGCCCAGGUACUUGCGGCAUCAAUGCUGAGUGUAAGGUUGUCAACCAUAACCCUAUCUGUACAUGUACAAAUGGCAACACCGGCGAUCCAUUCACAAGAUGCUAUCAUAUACCAGCUCCUAAACCAGAUAUCACAAAACCUGCAAACCCAUGUAUACCGUCCCCUUGUGGACCAAAUAGCCAAUGUAGAGAUUUAGGAGGCCAGGCAAUGUGUCUUUGUUUGCCAGAAUAUUUCGGAACUCCUCCAAACUGCAAACCUGAGUGUGUCGUAAACUCAGAAUGUCCAAGUGAUAGAGCCUGCAUUAAUCAAAGAUGCAGCGAUCCAUGUCCUGGUUCCUGUGGUAUUAGUGCCACUUGCGAAGUUCGAAAUCAUAAUGCUAUUUGUUUCUGUCCUUCGGGAUACAGUGGAGAUGCUUUUAGAUCAUGUUUCCCUGUUCCUCCACCAAAGCCUGAGCCCAAGAACCCUUGCUAUCCUAACCCUUGUGGUCCUAACGCACAAUGUACGGACGGUAUUUGUAAAUGUUAUCCAGAAUACCAAGGUGACCCAUACGUAGAAUGCAGACCAGAAUGUCUGGUGAACCAAGAUUGCCCACGUGAUAAAGCUUGUGUUAACAGAAAAUGUAAGGAUCCCUGCAUUGGUACUUGCGGACAAAACGCUGAAUGUACAAUAUUUAACCAUUACCCCUCUUGUACUUGUCUGGAUGGUUACUCUGGAAAUCCAUUCUUUAUAUGUAAUAGAAUUGAGAAACCUCCUCCAGCAAAUCCAUGCUACCCAACACCUUGUGGACCGAAUAGUCAAUGUAGAGAAAUUAAUGGACAAGCAAUCUGCUCAUGCGUACCUGGUUAUUUGGGCACACCCCCAUCUUGUAGACCUGAAUGUGUUAGUAGCUCUGAAUGUGCGCUCAACAGAGCAUGUCUCAACCAAAAAUGUAUAGAUCCAUGUCCUGGUACGUGCGGUAUUAAUGCCCUCUGUCAAGUUGUAAGUCACAACGCCAUCUGUACUUGCCCUGAACGUUAUAGCGGAGAUCCAUUUGUAAGAUGCCAAGUGGUAGUCGUAACAGAAAAACCGUCCCCAACCGUAAUCGAGGCCAUAAACCCCUGCACCCGUACCUUCUGCGGCUUAUACGCUCAAUGUGAACCAACCUCAAGUGGUACCGCCAAAUGCACUUGUCUCCCCGAUUACCUUGGUGCUCCCCCUAACUGCCGACCCGAAUGCCAAAGCAACAGCGACUGCGCAAAGAAUUUGGCAUGUGUCAACCUUAAAUGCAAAGAUCCUUGUCCUGGCUUAUGUGGAUUGAACUCUAGGUGUCUAGUAGUCAACAAUAUACCUAGCUGUUUGUGUGUAGACGGUUACUCAGGAGAUCCGUUUACUAUGUGCCGUAUAAAAUCACCCGAUCCAACACCAUCACCUAAACCAGACAACCCAUGCGUACCAUCACCAUGUGGACCCAACGCUCAAUGCCGUCUUUCAGCCGGCUACGGAGUAUGCGAAUGCCUGCCGGAGUACCAAGGAAAUCCCUACGAGGGCUGCAGACCAGAAUGUAUAUCGAAUUCUGAGUGUCCGAUGAACAGAGCCUGUAUCGGGAACAAGUGCAGGGAUCCAUGUCCUGGCACUUGCGGCAUUUCUGCUGAAUGCGACACCGUCAAUCAUGUUCCAAUUUGUUCUUGUCCCAAUGGAUAUACUGGGGACGCCUUUAGACAGUGCAUACGGGAAAUAGAACAACCACCACGCAACCCAUGCAAUCCAUCACCAUGCGGCAUCAACACCAUAUGUCGCGAAUCAGGCCAAAACGCAAUUUGUGAAUGUCUGCCUGGUUUCUUCGGAACACCAACUGCCGGAGGUUGUAGACCCGAGUGUACCAUCAGCGCUGAUUGUGACAGAAAUAGGGCUUGCGUCAACCAGAAAUGUAUCGAUCCAUGUCCUGGUACCUGUGGAUUCGCAGCUGUCUGUAACGUCAUCAACCACAGCCCUGUAUGCAGUUGCCCACCUCCACUCAUCGGUGAUCCUUUCACUUUGUGCAGGGAAGCUCCAAAAGAAAAAACAAAAGACCCAUGCAAUCCAUCACCAUGCAACAUCAACGGAGAAUGCCGAGUAAUCAAUGGUGUAGCAACCUGUUCAUAUCCGGAAUGUAUCAUAAAUCAAGAUUGUCCAAGAGAUAAGGCUUGUUAUUCUCAGAAAUGUGGAGAUCCUUGUAGAGGAGCCUGUGGAAUUAACGCUUUAUGCCAAGUUGUUAACCACAGAGCAAUAUGUUCUUGUCCUAUUGGUUACAUCGGAUCACCAGAAGUUCAGUGUCUGGUAGAAGAUCAACCCAAACCCAAAGUUGAAUGUACCCAAGAUUCGGAUUGUACCAACGAUAAGGCUUGCCUUAACAGCAGAUGCGUGAGCCCUUGCACUACGAGUCUUUGUGGAAACAACGCAGAAUGCCGCGUACAACUACACAGAGCAAUCUGCACUUGCAGAGACGGCUUUACUGGAAACGCCCAACAAGUUUGCUACGAAAUAGGUUGUCGAUCAGACUCAGAAUGUCCACCUACUCAAUCUUGCGUUAACAAAGAAUGUGUUGAUCCUUGCUCGUUUACAUCGUGUGGUCUAAAUGCUCUUUGCAAAGCAGAUUAUAACCACAAAGCUAGAUGCUAUUGUCCCAACAACUUUAGAGGAGAUCCUUUCGUACGAUGUGAAAGACCAGAAUGUACCAGAGAUGAAGAAUGUUCUUACAACUUAGCCUGUAGAAAUGAACGAUGCUCUGAUCCUUGUAACUGCGGUAAUGGAGCCAUCUGUAGAGUGACCAACCACAGACCUCAGUGCUCUUGCCCACCGGGUUAUAUCGGAAAUCCAUUAGUAGCCUGUACCAUCAUACCUGAUCCAGAACCAGAAUGUAGAGCUGAUGCCGACUGUCCUAGAAACUUGGCUUGCUUCAGUGGAAUCUGCAAGAAUCCUUGCUUCGAAACCAAUCCAUGUGGAAGGAAUACCGAAUGUAUAGUAGUAGAUAGCCUUCCUUUGAGAACCAUGUCAUGUAUGUGCUUGCCUGGAUACAUCGGAAAUGCUGAUACAGAAUGUAGACGACAACCAACACCUGAACCUGGAUGCAAGAGUAGUGCAGAGUGUCCAUCAACCGAUGCCUGCAUCAAUCGUCAAUGUGUCAACCCUUGCGCCUUAGGCAAUCCUUGCGCACUCAACGCUGAAUGUACACCAACCAACCACAAAGCCGUCUGCAGAUGUCCGUCACCACUUCUUGGAGAUCCUCUCAUCAAAUGCUAUCCACAACCUCAAACCAAGCCUGAGUGUCAAUCAGACUCCGAAUGCACGAACGAUAAGUCCUGUAUCAAUCAGAGAUGCCAGAACCCUUGCGAACUGUCCAAUCCAUGCAGUGCUCUAGCUGAAUGUAGGACUCUCUUCCAUAGACCAACGUGUUCGUGUCCACUAGGCUGGUUAGGAAAUCCACAAGUAUCCUGCUAUAAACCUGAAUGUACUUCAAAUAGUGACUGUCCAUAUGACAAAGCUUGCAUCAAUGAAUAUUGCCAAAAUCCUUGCGCUUCACAAUCUUGUGGAAGAGGAGCAGAAUGCGUAGUUCAACGACACAUUCCACAAUGCCAAUGUCCUCUAGGAACUCAAGGCAACCCUCUUGUUUCCUGUAUCACCGGUAUAUGCCACUACAACGAAGACUGUGCAGAUCAUGAAGCCUGUGAUAGACUAAACAGAGUAUGUAGACCAGUAUGUGAUGAAGAUACAUGCGCAGACAAUGCACAAUGUAUAGGACAACACCACCAACCUAAAUGUACAUGCCCACUUGGCACUACUGGUAAUCCGUUCGUUAAAUGUAUAGGAAUCUUGCCACCAGAACCUGAAUGCAAGUCAGAUUCAGAAUGUCUAUCUCACUUGGCUUGUAUAAAUAGCCGCUGUAUGAAUCCAUGCAGUACAGAAAAUGUUUGCACAGCUGAUCAAGAAUGUCUGGUACUGGAUACAUUACCUUUGAGAACUAUUAUGUGCCAAUGUCCACCUGACACCAUUGUUGAUGCAUCUGGAAAAUGCGUAAGGUUGAUUUCACCUAAACCACAGUGUAUCGUAGACUCAGAAUGUAGUGAUAGUGACAGAUGUAUCGCUGGUACUUGUAUCGAAGCUUGCAGAGUUGACAGAUGUGGAAUAAAUGCCAUUUGUACAUCAAGAAACCACCAAGCAAUAUGCACGUGUCCUCCUGGAUACAUUGGCAAUGCCCACUAUGAAUGCAACAGUAUGCCCAAGAAACCAAUUCCAUCCAAGGGUCCUGAAUGUUAUAGAGACAGUGACUGUAGUUAUGAUCGAACGUGCAGAAACGAAGAAUGUGUUAAUAUUUGCAUAGAGGACAAUCCAUGUGCUAGCAGUGCUUUCUGUUCCGCUAGGAACCAUCAAGCUGAAUGCAGAUGUCCUGAAGGCUACGAAGGAAAUCCUAAGAUCAGUUGUAUUCCACCACUUGGUCCUACAGUUGGCUGUACAUCUAACUCAGACUGUCCCAAGAGCGAGUCUUGCAUCAACCGCAUCUGCGCAAGUCCAUGUAACUGCGGUCCUAAUGCAGAAUGUAGAGUGCUCAACCAUUACCCAACAUGUCUCUGUCGAUCAGGUUACUCAGGCAACCCACAGCUAGGUUGCUUCAAAUUAGGCUGUCAAUCAGACAACGAAUGUUCCAACGACCAGCAAUGUUACAACGGCCAAUGUAUUAGUCCUUGCAUAUUAGGAAACCCAUGUGCUAGGAAUGCCGAAUGUUACGGAAAUAACCAUAGAGCUCAGUGCAGAUGUUUGCCAGGCUUCGAAGGUAAUCCUGUGACCAGAUGCGAAAGAAUCGAGUGCCGCGUUGACAAUGACUGUCCAAAUAAUAGAGCAUGUUAUCAACAACGGUGUGUAGAUCCCUGCUCUGCAGUGGCUGAACCACCAUGCGCUCAGAAUGCUAUUUGCUACGUUACAAACCAUUUAGCAGGAUGUUAUUGUCCGCCAAAUCUACCAGAAGGUAAUCCACUAUCGUACUGUAUACCUAGACAAGUUAAAGAACAGCCAGAAUGUGAAUUUGACAAUGAUUGUCCUAGUAAACUGGCUUGUAUUGGACGUCAAUGUGUAAAUCCUUGCGAAGAACUUUCACCAUGCCACCGUACAGCUCAGUGUAGCGUUUCGGAUACUGUUCCAGUAAGAACAAUGAUUUGUACUUGUCCUGAAGGUUGGGUACCAAACGAAAAUGGGGAAUGCCAUCCAGUUAUAGUACCAAUACCACCAGGAUGUACCAGCGACAACGACUGCUCAGAUAAUGAAGCCUGCAUUAACAGAUUAUGUACUAGCCCGUGUGAAUGCGGUACCAAUGCUGACUGUAGAAUCCAAAACCACAGAGCUGUAUGCUCUUGUCGUGAAGGCUAUGAAGGAAAUCCAAAUCUUGUCUGUCAUACUGUUGGUUGUAGAGUCGAUUCAGAAUGUGGCUCAGGAAAGGCUUGUAUCAACGGAAAUUGUAUCAACCCAUGUCUUGUCAGAGAUAAUUGUGGAAUCAACGCUGAGUGCUACGCCCACCAAAACAGAGCAGAAUGUAGGUGUAGGUCAGGAUACAGAGGCAACCCACUUGAACGUUGUAUUGUCAUUGGAUGUCUCUCAAACAGCGACUGUCCUGGCGAUAGACAAUGUAUCAAUGCUCAAUGUAUCAACCCUUGCAUCUACGACAAUCCUUGUUCUCCAAGAGCAGAAUGUAGCAUUCACAAUCAUCUAGCCGUUUGCAGAUGUCCUCCUGGACUCAUUGGAAAUCCAUACUUUGACUGUAAACCUGAACCUCGACCAGAAUGUAGAGAAGACUCGGAAUGUCCUUCCAGACUAGCUUGCCUCAGCAACAGAUGCCAAGAUCCAUGCGCUGUUCUUGAACCAUGCCGUAGACCAGCUGAAUGUCAAGUAAUCGGAACCGUACCUCUUCGUACAAUGAACUGCGUCUGUCCACCAGGAUAUAUCAGCAGUGGAAGUGGUACUUGCAAUCCUGUCAAAGCCGUCAUAGUUGUAGGUGCUUGUGCAAGCGACAGCGAGUGUCCAUCAGAUAAGGCUUGCUUUAACGGAAUAUGUAGAAAUCCAUGCAACUGUGGACCUAAUGCCGAAUGUAGAAUCAAGGAUCACAAACCAGUCUGUACUUGCGAACCAGGAUAUGACGGAAAUCCAGAGCUGGAAUGCCACAAAAUCGGCUGUAGAGCUGACUCUGAAUGUUCACCACAACAUACAUGUGUCAACAGACAAUGCAUUCCUGUUUGUGCUGCUGACGGUUCCUCCUGUGGAGAUAGAGCAGUAUGCUACGGAUAUAACCAUCGCGCUGUUUGCGACUGUCCAACAGGUCUUUCAGGAAACCCCAGGAUCUCUUGUAACAUGAUAGGUUGUCGAACAGACACAGACUGUCCAUCAAGUCGUGCCUGCAUCAACAGCAGAUGUGAACUAACUUGUGAAGUCGCCAAUCCAUGUGAUCCAAAAUCGCUGGCUGAAUGCAAAGUCUAUAACCACGUAGUAGAAUGCGUCUGUCCACCAGGAACAAUCAGCGAUGGUAAUAGGGGUUGCUUAACAAUAGAAGAGAAAUGCAGGGUUGACUCUGAUUGUCCAUUACAAUUUGCUUGCAUUGGAUUUAAGUGCAUUAACCCCUGCAUAGCUACCGAACCAUGUGGAAUUAAUGCGGAAUGCACAGUUUUGAAUACUGAACCUGUGAGAACCAUGGUGUGCCUCUGCUUGCCAGGAUACCAAGGAAAUGCUGCUAAGAUAUGCAAUCCAAUUGCAGUCUGCAGAGAAGAUAAAGGAUACAUCCAAACACCAGAUGGUCGAUGCGUAUGCGCACCGAACUUAGCUCUCAAUGAAAAUGACGAAUGUGUGCCAUGUCCUAUCGAAAAAGGUCUCAAGAUCGACGAAAGAGGUCGCUGUGUCUGCGCCCUCGAACGAGGUCUCAUUAUUGACGAGCGAGGAAACUGCGUAUGCCCAAUCGAAUUCGGGUACCACUUUGACGAAAAGGGCAACUGUGUUCCAGAUCCAGGACCUGAAUGUGAGACAGAUGACGAUUGUGCCGAUCACAAGUAUUGUAACCAACGGAUCAAAACUUGCGAGGAUGCUUGUAUAUUAAAGCAUUGUGGAGAACACGCAUAUUGUAACGCUACAAACCAUGUUGGUAGAUGUCAGUGCAUCAAAGGCUAUACUGGAAAUCCUGAUGUGCUAUGUAAUCAAACAAGCUACUACAAAAAACAAGACUUCCCCAAACCAGACCUGACAGUGAACUGUCUAUCAGAUGGAAUUCAAGUUGAAAUACGACUUACAGAAGUUGGCUUCAACGGAAUUCUCUAUGUUAAGGGUCACAGCAAAGACGAAAAAUGUAGACGAGUUGUUACGAUAGAAACCGGAGAAAGAGUUGAAUAUUUCAAGGUCCAUUUUGGAGAAUGUGGACUUAUCCAUGUUAAUGGAGAAGCCAGUUUCGUGCUGGUCAUCCAGAAACACCCGAAACUAGUGACCUACAAAGCCCAAGCUUACCACAUCAAGUGCGUCUACCACACAGGCGAGCAAAACGUGACCCUGGGCUUCAACGUUUCGAUGUUAACCACGGCAGGAACCAUCGCCAACACGGGACCACCACCAACGUGUCUGAUGAAGAUAGUCACACCAACCGGUGAAGAGAUCAACUCAGCAGAAAUCGGCGAUAACUUAAUGCUUCAAGUCGACGUACAACCUGGUUCCAUCUACGGUGGAUUUGCCAGAAGUUGUGUAGCUAAGACUAUGGAAGACGCCGUGGAGAAUGAGUAUAUUGUAACGGACGAGAAUGGUUGUGCUACUGAUCCGAGCAUCUUCGGUGAAUGGGACUAUAAUCCCGACACGCAGAGCUUGUUGGCCAGUUUCAAUGCUUUCAAGUUCCCUAGUAGCGAUAACAUCAGAUUCCAAUGUAAUAUCAGAGUGUGCUUCGGAAGAUGUCAACCGGUUAACUGUCGUGGAUAUAACGCCUUUGGCAGACGGAAGAGAUCCGUCGAAAACUCAGAAAAUGACACCGAUGUAGCUGUUGGAGGAGACCUCUUAUCUGGGCAACUCAGAGAAGAAAUCACCAUCCAGUCUAAUGCCAUAUUGACUUUCGAAAAACGAGAGGAACGAUACCCAGAUCCUCAAACAGCUCCAAACGCUCAAAAAGCAGAAGAAAUCUGCGUCUCAAUGAUAGGUUUCAUCAUUGCCCUAAUCAUCACUGCCUUAUUGGCCUUGGUAGCUGUAGCUGUGGCAGUCUCCUGUUGGUUGAUGGCUUAUCGUCGCAGGCCAAAACAUUCAGGACCACUACCACAUCCGCCUGAGUUCCCCAACCCGCUCUUCACGACGCCGGAGCCCAUGGCGGAACCAAGUCCAGACUACCUCACAUAAAACAUUCCGAAAGAUUAGUAAUUAUUAAGUUGAAAUACUCUCAUUUUGACGAUUUAAUGUUAAGGAUUAAUGAAAAUACUCGAUAAAAUCGUCAAUUGUAAAUUUUUAUAGUCGAUUCGGUGAUCGAUAGGUUUCUUCUCGUGAAUCCGUCCAAUGCUACUCAUGAAAUACUGCCGAAAGAGAAGAACUGUCGUUCCGAACGAACAUAGCGAAUAUACUAUAGUUUAAACUAUAGAAAUGUGUACCAACGUCCUAACAAUACCAACACGAAGAAUCUGAAGAGACAGAAAAUCGACGUAUACACAUUUCUUCUAUCUUUUCCAUUGGCUGACAUUAACCAGUGUUCUUUUAGAGACAAGGGAAAAAUUGGGUGGUGGUAUUUAACGCUUAACAAAAAUUUUCUCGGAUCUACAAUACGGCCCUUGCUUUUACCUACGAAUUUCUUGUAACGUUUCGACUCUUUUGUAUAUAUUAAGUGAUGUUUCAUCUAAGCAGCCUUUGGAAGACAUAGCCAAUAAUAGCCUAUAAGUUAAAUAUAUUGAAUAUUCUCUGAGCCUGUAUAAAGUGUAUGAAUGCGAAUCGAGUGUGGAGUUAUAGCUCCAGAAGUUGUAGCUCCAGAAUUAUAUGGUGCUGACUGAUUUUUUAUACUUGAAACAGUCAAACUUUAGUCAAUCGAUUUUUUUAAAUAGUACCUAGGUACCUAUUAUAUUUUUUAUGUAAUUUAUAAGUUGUGAGAAUUCGUUUAACCAAUAAGUAUAAUAAAUUUCUGUAGUAUUUAUUUUAAACAACGAAUCUCUCUACAAGUUUCUAAAAUUGAUUGAAUGACGACGACGCUAUUUUUAACUAAUUUCAUUUUUAUUUAUAUUUUGUGUCCUUUUUUGUGUAAAAUGACUUCUAACGAUAAUUUCUUAAAAAUUGUCAUUUGUGAUAAUCGCUUCUUUAAUAAAAAAUCAUUUGUUUAAUAA